AUGGCGGAGUUUGGCAGCAGAGGGGGUGGCACCAGCAGUGGGGGCAUAGCCUCCUCCCCAAGCCCUGCACACGGGAAGGUGGCCUUCAAAGCAGGAGAUGGGGAAGGUGGUGGUGGUGGUGGAGGAGGAGGUGGUGGGGUUGCAAGAACCCACUUGGACAGUGCCGGCAACGGGGUCUCCAAUGGGGACUGCACUCUGAUGGGCACCAGAGAAGAGACAGAGUCUACUCAGUCUGGCAGCCCUGCCACAGAGAGAGGAUGUCCCACCCUGCAGCCAGAUGGCAAACCUGGUCACCCCAAGAAAACGAGCAUCAUCAAGGUAAGAGGAUGUGCUACCUGGGGUUCUCUGCUAUUUGGGGGUGGGAAAGGGGAUGAUGGAAUGGGACAUGCACAAAUGCCAGGCUCCAGGUGAGCCAACUCAGCCGUGUAUGUAGCAGUAAAUGUGUCUGCUGACUUGUGCAGGUGAACACACAGCUUUAAAGCAGGGAGAGGACAUAACCUGGCCAGUGAAUUUUGAUUAUAUGAGUGUGGAGCUUUGGUGCGUGUGUCUGUAUAAAGAGGUAAAGUUGGGGGCAUGGGGGGGGAGGGAGAACUUGUGCUUCUGAAAUGAAAGAAGGAAGGAAGGUACUGCUGCCUAGUUAAGUACAGAAUCAGCUUGCCAUGCAGAGAUUUCAGACUACGCAGGUUUUUGCUGAUUCUGUGGGAUGCUGGGUGCACCUGUGCAGAGCAAUUUUGUACCCUGUUGACAGACGCACAGCAAGUGAUGUGAAAACCAAGGAUAAAUGACGUGGGUGAGGGGGAAGAAAGAUGAACGCCCUCCUAAAGGUGACAGCGCAUCCAUCAAGAGAUUGUUUAUGGCAGCUUAUGCCUAUAGUCUUAGCCUUUCUUAAUUACUUUCUAGAUAUUAUUGUCACAUAUCAAACAGGUACGGGGAGAUAAGACAAUGCUGGUAGGUGAAUCAUAGAUUCACAAAAUGAAGGAUUCCUGGCUAUAAGUCUUAAUAGUUUUAAAGAAAACAGUUUGUUUAUUUUUUUAAAAAACAUGACAGUAAUUUAUCUUUGAUCGCUACAGGGCAUAGGAUUCAUAAUAGCUGAAUGGCAUAUAACCCAUACUGUUAAUUUUAAACACAGAUGAGCUGCAUUAAAAGUUAUAUAAAAUAAUAGAGUUGCAAUAUGUAUGAAUACAGCAAGUCCAUAGCCAAUGAUAUCUCCUUGUUGAGAAUAGGUAUUUUCGGUAGCAUGUUGUAAAGUGAAAUGUUUCUAUAAUGAAUACUCCAUUAGCAGCAGAUCUCAAGUUGUGCAGCAAGCUGCAGGAUCUUGUUUUCAGAAUCAAGGGGAGAACAAGGACAGUCAGUGGUAGAGUGCAUUUGACAGUCUUGCACCCACCCAUCCUGUCAGAGAGAGGUGGUGCAGGUUUGUUAACCACUUGCAGCAGUGUGCCUGUGUGACAAACAUCUGCAGCACAGUGGCAAACUUCUGUUGCUUCUUGUUUAGGUAUAAAUUCAAUACCGUAUUUAUUUAGCCUGCCAAAAUAUCUUUUGAACCAAGCACAGAGUUAAUUUAUAACUCUGCAAUUGUGUUCCCUGGUAGUCCAAACAACAGUAUAAUUGCUGUAUUACUGGAGUUUGUUAAAUAGUGGUGUGUGUUGUUUUUUAGUUUCUGUAGCAAGCUUGUGCUUUGAAAGGGUAGGAAUAAAAGAAACAUUUUUUCAAACCGUAGCUUGCUUUAAAGCUAGGAUUGGGAUUCAGAAUUUGGUAACUUGAAAGUGGACUUUGCCUUCCACACAUCUAUGACUUAUGUGGUUCAUCUAUCUAACUAUGGGUUAAAACUGUAGAUUUGUUUCCUAACUUUUUUCUUUUUAUGAUAAAGUGAUAUAUAAGUAUUUUUAAAAAUAAAGUUAGUUGCUUUCCUCACUAUCUAUUUCGUAUUAUUACUCCCAUUAGUGGUUCAGCAUGGUGUGAACUCCAAAUAUUACUUAUUAACAUGCCUUGGUUGAUAAUUAUUUUGCAUUGGAGUGUCAGCCAUAUUUACAGCCACGUCUGAUGUGUGUUUACUUGGAAGCAAGUCCUUGGUAGUUCAAUGGGAACAGGAAUUUUAAACAAACUAAGGUUUGGAAUUUAUUCAGAAUUUGUUUAUUGUUCAAGGUCACCUUCAUACAUAUGCAAAAAAAUUAAAAGCCCUAGAUGUGCAAUUUUAAACAUGCUAUUGAUUAUGGAUAUCCAUAUUGAAGUUUAUGCAAAUACUUGCCUAUAGACAUGCAGCAUAAGCAAAUAAUAUGAGUUUCUUGCGUCAGCUGUUACUUUCCAUUUAGUUGAACACAACUAUAUUAUCUAUUCUACAGUUGGCAUUCUUUUUGAAGUAUGUGGCUGCCAAUACAAGAGUUUGGCAAGACACUUGUGUAAGUUAGUGGCACUAAAAUAACUGCUUCCUACAGUAUAAUUUUAACAUCAUAAACGCAGAUUCCUAUUUAUUGAAACUAAUCUUUGUUUAAUGGUGCUUCUACCUGCCAAGUCCAUCUGCAGCUCCUGAGUUAUAUACUAAAAACUGAUGUAGAAAUGUAAGCGCAAAUAUGAUAAUAAAUGCCUGCUUAUGCAAAUAAUAUACUGUUGUUUAAGCAGUGCCCACCAUACUGGCAUUCUGAACCUCUUUCCCCAGUGUAGUUUAUUACAUUUCUAUGAACAGUGGCUAGGCUUGUUGAGAGCUGGAGUAAACAAUUUUAAUCUUAUGAAAAGUAUGGGCCUGCAAAAAACUACAGUGCUCUGCUUUGGUAGCAGGCUUCAGGAUUUGGCUGUAGUGUUCCAGUUCCAGCAGAAGUUGCUGUUUUAUCCAUUGUGGAACCUGACCCUUGGUUUGUUGCUAGGCUUGGCUGCGUAUGUAAAAUCAUAAGAACUGUCACCACUUUUUAGGGACCCUGUGCUGUUCUCGGGAUUUGUAGUAAGAGGAUUUCUGCGUUCAAAGGGCUGGCUUGUGUGCUACUUCUCUGUGGUAGACCGCUUCUGUGUUGCAAUUUUUCAUGCCCCAUCUGUAACCCUUAGAGUUGUUUUACCACGUGGGCACUCCUGAUUGCAACAGGAGUUUUCAGUGCAGCACUUUAUGAAACUAAAUGGCAAAUGGAACCUCAUUUGGUCCUUCUUAGAAUAGUGCUUUAUCUGUGGUGGUGUGCAUCUGGAUGAAGCUAACACAACCAUUUAGGAGUGGGAUGUUGCACAACGAGCUUCAACUCUCUGUUGUUCUGUAUAUUGAAGUUUUAUGCAUAUGUUACUGAUAGUAACGAUGUUAUACAAUAUAGUUUGUUUAUUUAAUUGGGAGUCCCUACUUUUGCUGUAUACAAGUACUCUGCUUACAUUUACAUUAUCACUUUUUAAAAGCUGGACAGUGAGUCUGGCUUGAUGAAUGCUUCGAACUGGAAAGUCUCUUGCUUUCUUAACCUGUUACUGGCUUAGCCCUCCCUUCCUCCCACUUUCAGAUGAUUUUGGCAUGUAGGACAGCUUGCCUGCAUAGCCUGCUGGAUUGGGCAAGCACCACUUCUGCACAGAGAUCCUGUGCAUAGCAAACAAUAUUUCUAGCUCUCCAAGCAUUUUGGAAAAGCAGCAGCAAGAGUAUUUUCUCUGUUCAUGCUUUUUCCUUCCCCCUACUUUAAGUUAGGGUAUGUUCUCAAUUUCUGCUGGAGAUAAAUGCCACAAAAGGCAAUACAUUAGUAACAUUUAUAAUGCAGUAACCUAUUAAAGCUUCACUUUCUCAUUGUAACACAGUUCCUGCAUGUUUUCAUUCGGAGUAGUUUUUAAAACAAGCAGUUAGGAAGGAGAUGUCUUUGCCUUAAAAAAUAUAACAAAAAUAUUUGUUAUAUCCUUCCCCUUCUUCCAAGUUGUUUGAGGUAGCAGAUGUGGUUCUCCUCUCUUUUUCCCCAUGCAGCAACAAUCGUGUAAGAAAGGUUAGGCUGAAAGGUAGUGACUCUUUCAAGGUAACUCAGUGAGCUUCAUCGGGUGAGUUGGGAUUCAGAGCAGGGUCUCCCCCAACCUUAGUCUGAAACUCUUAGCAACUGUACUGCAUUGGCAUUCUUGUUUUUACUCCAACCACGGAGUUAGAAAUCAUAGUUGAAUUGACAUUUUGAUUGACUAACAGCACAUCUCAAUGUACAUACCAUUUACAUGUGAGAAUCAUAGAAGUAUAGAGUUGGAAGGGAUCCCGAGGGUCAUCUAGUCCAACCCCCUGCACUGCAGGAAUCCUAACUAGAUCAUACAUGACAGAUGGCCAUCCAACCUCUGCUUAAAAACCUCCAGUGAUGGCGUGUCCACUACCACCUCUCAUGGGAGUCUGCUCCACUGUUGGACAGUUAAAAUAGAAUUUGGUUAUCCCAAAGGAACAAUACUAAGGACACUGAAAGUAGAAACUUCUGAAAUGGAAUAAUGACAUCUUUUUCACAGAUUAUUUCAUCAUAUCUCAUAUGUAUGUAUGUAUGUAUGUAUGUUAUGACUAUAAAGCAGGAAUAGGUUACCUGCCAGAUGAUGUUGGACUACCAGAUUCCUACAUCUUUGACCAUUGGGCAUGUUCACUAGGCCUGUUGAAAGCUGGAGUAAGCAACACCUGUAGGGGCACAGGUACCUCAUCCCUGCUGUAAGGUAACGUGUUAGGAUUGCUUUCCCCCUUUUGUUAUAUGUACAGUACUAGGACAGAUAGACAAAUUAGAAGUACCAUUUUCUUUCUUUUCUUUCUUUAUCCUAAAAGAACCCAUGAUAGUAGCUUCUAUGGCCCAAGGCGUAAUGAACAGAGCACUCCAGAACUUGGGCUCCUUUUCCAUAUUGAUCUGGGAAUGGAGGUGGGGAGAAAGGAAAAUGCCCGGAAGAAAAUGACCAGCAGUUUUUAUUGCUAACACUCCACACUCAGCCCUAAAUGCUUAUAAUCACUAGAACAACUUCACCAGCUGUUUGAUAUAUAAAGAAAGUGCAAAUAAUUUAUUGCAAUGUGUCAAACUGGCUUUGUUGUGGCACUAUGUUACAACAAAACCAGGAGUUGAAUGACUCCACAUAGUCUUCAUUUGUUUUAAGAGGAAUUGUUUAGUCUGUGCAAAAAUAUAUAAUGCUAUCACAAAGGACAGGAAUUCAUCAAGUUGGUUGUCAGCCUCUGUUUAGACUGGACCUAGCCCUCCAAUAGGUCUUGCUGUUGUUACUUGGAGUCCUUUUUUGUUUAUACAACAGCCACCUAAACCUCAGGAAACAGAAAAAAUGUUUCCAAAAGUACAUACUUUUCAAAGUAGUAAAAAAGAAAAGAAAAGAACACACCAAAAAACCAAACCCAGAUAUAAAGCAAAUAUAGAGCUUUUUAUGUUAGCUUUGGUCUCAGGUUCAGAAACAAGUUUAAUACUGUAAAAUUUAAAUGUAUAUAUGACAUAAAAUAUUUCAUUGCUGAAAUACAACUUCAGACCAGUAAACGAUAUUUACCGAUACUUGUGAUGCAUUUUAUAGGUGUUUAGCAAGAAUGUAAGGCAAAGGAUUAGAUCUGGUUAAAAAACUCAGUUGAAAUUUUAAGGUUGCAAUCCUGUACAUGUUUAAUCUUGAGUAAGUCCCAUGGAAGUCUGUGGAUCUAACUUUUGCAUCCAAGAUUUCCUAAAGCUUUUUUCAGAUGAUAACAAAUAAAAUGACCAGGUAGGUUUAUUAGUGUGUUGGUACUAAUUCGGAUAUAGUGGAAGCCAAUGUACAAGGAGGUGAGUCCUAUCGUCUUAUGAAAGGAAUAUUUCAAUAGGUCUUACAAUGCUUUUCUUAAAAUGGCUGGCCAGCCAGGUUUUGCUAGUGAUAAAAAUGACUUGAUUUCCUAAGCUCAGUAAUUUUGAUUGAAUUCUUUAGGAACUUGCUUCUGCUUAAUCAUGUCACACUGGUAGAGAACUACACACUGUUUUCUAUCUUGAAUUUCUUAAAAUUAUAUUUAAUUCUUAGGGUGAUUUAUAUUCUUUGUUCAUCUCCUUUUUUCUCUUGAUUGUUGCAGGUGAUUCUGUGAUGCUGUGCCCUUUUGACUUAACCAUGCAAUGUGUUGGUGUGUUUUGUUUGGUCUUGUGUUUUUGUGGGACAGGGUUGGAAUGUGUUCUUAUUCGAGUAUGUGUGAAGAUACCAUCCCACUGCCAGGUGACAGACCAGAAAGGCAUUCAUAGCGAUGUUGUGGUACUAGGAAAUAGUAGGUGUUACUUCCUUACAGAGUCCAAAAGCUUGUUUGAACUGUUAGUAGUAAUAUUCUAUAUUAUGCCUCUGAAAAAAGAUCAUCUUGAUUAGGAAACUUAGCUUUCAGCUACGGUUGGAUAAAUUCAUUUGCAUAUGACCAAAAUUGGUAGAAAAAUGUUUCACAAGGCUUUCCUUGGUAUUAAUAGCAGAAUAGAAUGCUUUUACACUUUAGGGUUGUAUUUUGCAGCUUAAAUCACAAAAAUAGAAAUCACAUUCAUACAAAGAUAUGACUGUUUCAAAGGCUGGAUUGGCAUUCUUCACUGUCUGUAAUAUUAGACAGGAGCCCAGUUGAAACUCCUUCCACUAACACACCAGCCCAACCCUCCCAAAAAGAGAGGUUUGUUAAAGAUAGUGCUGAAAUUAGAACCCAGGUCUUUCCAAUCCAAUUCUACUUGGCUGUUGACAAGAUCACACUGCCUUUCAACUCUGCUGUAGAAUGUUGGCUUGAGAAACAAAACCUAGAGUUUCUGCUCUUCAUAGUUGCAGAUGUCAUGUUCAAAAUAUGAAGAAUCCUGUGAGCCAUAUCCAACAUUUCUCAAAAACAGUUGCAUGCUUCUAGACAGGUGCCGCUCAUGCAAGUUUUCCAUAGCAUCCACAUGACAUCAUUGGCAUCAAAAUGCCACCCUGUAUUCUGCACCUCCCCUUUAAAAUGAAUUUUCUGCACAAAAUCCUCUAAAUUAAAAAACAAACAGUUGCUAACAACCCAUGUGCAGUAUUAAGCCUCUGUCUGGAAGCAGCUUCAUUCUAGAUAUUCCUGAUGCAUAAGUCCAUCAAAAUUCUUCUUUCUCCCCUCAAAUACUCCGCCAAGUUUUUAAAGCUAGGUUUGAAGUGUAGGUACAAAAGCUGUGCAGUAGCAAUCACCAAAGAGUAGUUUGUGGAAAACUCUGGAAUGGCAUCGUUAACAAGACAUGUAUUGCCUGACUUUAUUCUGGGCUGAGUUUUCCCAACCUUUUUUUUCACUAAAACAGCCAGGGGAAGUUUCUUUUCAAUGCUUCCACUGUUGCUUUUCCACAUGGAAAUCCUAGGGAAGAAGGCUUCUCUCCUUCAUAGUACUGUACUCAAAUUGCUCCUCCCUCAAAAUAUAUGACAUUGGUGUUUCAGGGUAAUGCCCACUUGUGCAUGCAAUACCAAGAUUGUAGUCGUCACCUGAGGUCAGCACAAAAUAGAAGCAAUCAUUGUGUAAUAUGAACAGCUACAUGCACAUUCAGAUCAUGUGAUUUUACUACCUUAGUGUCUAUUGGCUUUUGUCAUGCAUGCUAAAUCUGCAUUUAGUUUGUAGAGGAAUACAGAAGCUUGUAUCCAUGUUUCUGUGAGAGUAGUGGAUGGGUUUAACUGUAUUCUGUGUUUGUUUGGUUUUUUUACAUUUAGAUCCUAUAUAUCUUCCAAGGAGCUCAAGGCAGCAUAUAUGAUUCUUUGCACUUCAUUUUGUCUUCACAACAACCCUGUGAAGCAGUUUUGGUAUAGAGUGCGAGAUAAUGACUGGACCAAGCUCACCCAGGAAAACAUGUGUAUCUGCUUGCGGUACAUAUUUGCAUUGUUCACAUACCCAAACCUGCCAAUGAUGCUUCUAAAAGACUUGAAAACUAUUUUUCUUUCCCCUAAAUACAUUGUUGUUGUUGUUUUGGGGUGAACCCAACCAAUGCCCUGUUUUUCCAGCUUUAAAUAAAUAAAUUAAAAAAGCUAUAGGGCCCAGCCUUCACUAACCUAGUGGCCUCCAGAAGAUUUGAAUUACUCAUAGGCUGUAAUGUAGAGAAAACCCUAAAACAGGAGGGUAUCUCAUCAUAUAAGGAUUGUGAAUAGAUGAACUUGCUGAGUAUUAUUGUCCUUACUUUUUUGUUUUCAUUUCCCUUUAUGGAACAAAGAGGAAGAGAGAACCUAUAAUCCCUUCUUUCCUCCUGCUAUUUCAUUGCCCUGGAUUCUUUAAAAUUGUACAUUUUUAGUUUGUGGCUUGGCUUUCCUUCCUCUGAAUCUGCUGGAUUCUUUUCUUCUACCUGUUGCUGUUAUUUGUGGCACAAUAUGGUAGGUACUGUAUGCUUUGGUUGUGGGAGGUCUCAUGUAGCCAGAGUUUGAACCAGGCAUCGGUUUACAAUGCCAGUUCCAGUUCACCCUGAGAACACUGAAGUGACGACUGGAGGAACAGGAAUACAGUGGAUGCUCAGGUUGCGAACGUGAUCCGUGUGGGAUGCAUGUUCGCAACCCGCAGCGUUUGCAACCUGCAGUGGCGUGUCUGUGCAUGCGUGGGUUGUGAUUCUGCGCUUCUGCGCAUGCGCAACUGCUAAAACCUGGAAGUAACCCGUUCUGGUACUUCCAGGUUUUGGCAGUCCGCAGCCCAAAAAAACGCAACCUGAAGCAUCUGUAACCCAAGGUAUGACUGUACUUCUCUGAAUGUGCAGGAUUUUCUUGCUGAAUUGAUUUUGGGGGUUGAAUAAUGGCAGCUUAUGUCCGUUACCACAAAAGUGAAAGACAGAUGGGCCUGUUCAGACGUUGUUCCCACUCUCCGGAUGGUCAUCUGUUAGAUGCUAAGAGUGGGCCUUUAGGCUUGCAUUCUUCCACCUUGACUGAUCAGGAAUAAGUGAGUAGGUUAUUACUAAUAAUCUGGCAAAUUGUCAUAAUAGAUUCCUAUACAAAAAAAUAUCCCAGCACUCUCUUUUACUUUAAUUUGAAAUAAAUUACAUAACAAUUGAGGUGCUAGUCCUACAUAUUUUUAUAUAGACAUGAAUGAAAUGUGACUAUGCGUCCCUAAGCCUUUUUAGGAUUAGGGAUUUAUGAUAUUAAAAAUCUCUGUAUUUAAUGUUGUGGCAGAUUAUGGCUACAUUGUGUCUAGAUUCAAUUUAACCAAAUAACUCCUUGAAUGAAAUCAGAUCUAUACCUUGCAGCUUCUAACAUAAAGACCAGUCGAUCUUUUUUAUCCAUUAUUUCAAAAAUGUUCACUUGGAAGUAAAUCCUACGGAUUAUUUGAAAGUAAGCUCAGUUUUGAUACACUUGAUAUCUCGGUCUAAGACAGCAGUUAUUUUAACCAGUGUGUACUCCAUAUUUUAAUGCAUCACUGGAAAAUAUUAUCUCUACAUCUGGCUGUGCAAGCCGUACACAUAAAUGGAAUGUGCAUUUUCUUCUAAGGCACUAAAUCCAGGAGUAAGAGGAGCUGUGAUUUUUGUCACUGCUUCUCAGGCCAGCAUGGCACUUUGCAGGGUUAUCCCAAUGGAAUAUAUUGACUGCUCUUUAUGAAAUUCUUCUAAAUGUCCCUCUCAUGAUAGAAGGCACUUUGAUCCAACAGAGGCUUCUCAGUGGAACCAGGGAGGGAUGUAAUUUUCACCUUUCCCCCCUGCAGCCCCCAAUCUGCUUUCAAGGGUUGGUGGGCCUUUUGCAACAGAAUGGGAAGUCAUGGAAUGGUUAGAAUGGGAAGUCAUGGAACAGAUCAAAAUCCCCUCUCUGUUCCUUUAGAAGACUAUACUGGAUCAAGGGGCACUUGUCAGUAGAGGACAACCAUGGAGUACAAGCCUAUAAGUUUAGUAAAUAACCCAGUUCCAGCACAACUAAGCAGAAAGCUGUUCAUUGUUGAUCUAUUUAUUAUUUAUUUAUUGAAUUUAUAUACCUCCCUAUACCUGGAGGUCUCAGGGUGGUUCACAGAAUAAAAUCAAAAUAUAAAACCACAGAAUACACUAUCAAAAUAAAAACGACAACCCAGGAACCCUCCCCCACCCCCCAAAAAACCCACUCACAUUUUAAAAGGGCAUAGGUUGUUAAUCAAAUCAACCAAAGGCCUGGUUAAAAAGGAACGUUUUUGCCUGGCGCCUAAAGGCAUAUAAUGAAGGUGCCAGGCGAACUUCCCUGUGGGGAGAGCAUUCCAUAGAUGGGGAGCCACUGCAGAGAAGCCCGCCAGAUCUCUCGAGGAGGAGGCACACAAAGAAAAUGACCUCAGAAGAUGAUCUAGCAGGAACAGAAGUUUUCUUAUCCAGAGAAGGCAAGGGUUGCUUAGUCCUGAUCGUUGAGUGAGGCAGAAGACCAUAAUACUUGGUUCUAUAAGACAACAGAGGGUAAGUAACGGAACUGUACCUGUGGUGGUGCUUCGUAAGUCGCUUUUGAAACAAUAUGGUAGACUUCAUUGGGAAACCAACUGAGGCUCUGGGCUUCCUAGCAAUAGAGGCUGAACUUGAUUGCAGGAGAUCAGGUUCCAUGAAUGGCAGGGCAUUAUAGAACUUAAUAUGAAACGUGAGUUCUGGGUGAGGUGAUUAUAGGCUUCCCAGAGGCAUUUGUGAGAACAGCAUGCUGGACUAGAUAGGCCUUCAGUCUGAUCCUGCAGGGCUCAUGUUCUUAUGAGGCGGUUGUCAUAACUUCUCAAGAAAGGGCAUGGUAUUACUGUGUGAUAGCUAUUUAUAGAAAGCUUUUUUUGUUAAAUGUAGAUAAGAAACUAUUGGUGAGGGAGGGACAUUUAAUUUCAGUUACAGUAUUUCAUUUGUUAUCCUGCCCUUUUUCUACAGAACUCAAAAGUUAUCUCAUUGUAUCCUCAGUGAGGUGAGAGUUGCUGACAUGCACUCAGUCAGGAAUUUGAGCCUGUGUAUGCCUUGUCUAAGGCUAAUACUUUAUCCACUACAUCACACUGUCUAUAGAAUUUACAACUUUAAGUGCACGAUUUCAAAUAGCUUAAAAGUUACGUAAAUGCUUACUGGUUAACAUGAUUCACAAAAAUAAUAGCAUGAUAUCAUGAGCCACAGAAGUAGCUACAGUCAAAUGUUUCUGUGAUCCUUCAGAGGUGAUUCCUAAAGUUAUUUUUAAAUAAUGAUGUAGUUAACCACAUUUCUUAGUAACAGCCAGCUAGGGUUGUCUUCUGCAGUGGCCAUUCUAAGUAUUUGCUUUUCUGUAAGCUACAUAGCUAGCUAGCUAAUCCACUUGACUCUUUACAAAAAUAGACUGCCUCUACGUAUUUUUUAAAAAAGUAUUUGAAAAAAUAAAAUCAUGUUACCCUAUUUGGACAAAUAUUCAAAUGUACCUUUAUUCUAAAUCCAUUUUGAAAGCUUCUUGACUGUAAAAAUAACCAUGUUAGAAUGAAAAGCUUGCUGAAGAACAAAAUGUGUUAGUAUAUUCCUCAACUGGUUACUUUGGUUUUGAGCCUUCUUCAUGAAUCCAUACGUAAAACAUUUUAGUUGGUUGUAAAUGCAUGUCAAUGCAGAUUGAUACAGUGGUACCUCUGGUUACGUACUUAAUUCGUUCCAGAGGUCCGUUCUUAACCUGAAACUGUUCUUAACCUGAAGCACCACUUUAGCUAAUGGUGCCUCCUGCUGCUGCCGCGCCGCCGGAGCACGAUUUCUGUUCUCACCCUGAAGCAAAGUUCUUAACCCGAGGUACUAUUUCUGGGUUAGGGGAGUCUGUAACCUGAAGCAUAUGUAACCCGAGGUACCACUGUACUAGAGAUGGGCCUUUGCUCUUACAUGAUAGUGAGGCCAUGUGCACCAAUGAACUUCUUUUGUAGAUAUGGAAAUAGUUUUCCAAUCAAUUGUCAGUUUUGCCUGCCUGACUAACCUGCUUAAUGCUUACACAUUGUGUUGUGCCAGCUGUGUUUUGCAGAAAAGAAAAAAAGCGCAUUCUAAAAUACCACAAUUAAUCUAUGAAAUUCUUUCAGUUUGUACCAUAGCUAUGGGGAUUUAACGUCUAAUUCUCCAUUACUACAUCAAUUAUUUGCUGCUAUAUUUUUUGAAAGUUCUUAACUUAGAGAAGCUUUGUAAUUGCUUAUAACAUGUUACUGCUAAUAUAGUACUGAGGAGAGAAAAAUGUUCGGUUAGGAGGCUAUCCAAGUUAAAUAAGAAAACUAUGCACAGGUAUGUGACGAAAAGGAGGCUGUACCAUAAUCAGGUGGGGCUGGGUCACUGUCUGGCAGUUGUAAUGGGCUGGAUGAGGACCGAUAAACUCAAGUUGGAUCUCAACAAGAUGGUGGUGCUGUGAGUGGUUUAAAUAGAUGAUCUGUCCUAUUCGACAGUGGAAUGGACUCCCUUGGCAGGUGGUGGACUCUCCUUCCUUGGAGGUUUUUAAGCAGAGGUGGGAUGGUCAUCUGUCAUGUAUGCUUUAGUUAAGAUUCCUGUAUUGCAGGGUGUUGGACUAGAUGACCCUUGAGGUCUCUUCUAACUUUUACACUUCUAUGAUUCUAGAUAAUCUUUUAACUAUACUAUUGUAAUAUACUCUUUGAAGGGUGUCCUUGGAAGAUGACCCAGAAGUUGCAGCUCUGGGUUGCAAGAUUGAACAGCCAAUUGGAAUAAACAUAACAUUUAUUCUGAAAGAACUAUGGUGGUUACCUGUUUGCUUCUGAGCCACAUUCAAGGUGCUGGUGAUUAUAUAAAGCUCUUUGCUGUUUGUGACCUAAAUUUUUGAAAAAGUGCCUCUGGAACGAGACAAACCAUAACACUAAACCAAACCAUGGCUUGCCUCGGGGCAGCAUGGCAGCAGGAAGAGUGGGAGAGGAGCAGAGCAGCCCCACUUUUUUGCUGUAAGUAUCUGCAUGCUUCCGCACACUUGGCCAAUUUGUUUUACUACUGCCUGCAAACCAGGUCACUGAAAUUACUCCAUUUUUAUGAUGUGCUCUAGGUGAGCUGUUGAGUGAUGGGUGGGGAAUAACCAUUCAGUCAAAAGGAGAUGAACUAUAUGUAGAAUAACUUCUCUAGACUGAUCACUGCAGAAAUGGAUGCUGGGCACUUGCUGUUCACUGGAACUAGGGAAAGAGAGGUAUGAAUUGGGAAGGAGCUCCUCUUGAGCUCCUUUCGGAUGGAGUUAACUAAGAGGGAAAUAUCCCGUUGCAUAGUCAGACACAGCUCAGUGUUUACAAGUUUAGUUUACUACAGUACUGUGGAAGAAAGAGUUUUUGGGCAAAGGUGUGGGAGAUGAUUCCUGUAUCAAUAGGUCUUUUGUCAUUUUUACUCUUGUAAUUGUGGACCCCUAGAAACCCUGCCUACCUAGAAAGAGGCUGAAGGAAGUGGAGUUAUGGGUUAAAAACAGUUCUCAAUGUGUCUAGUAUGUUGGCUGACCAAUGGCAAUUUGUGGGAUAAUAGAAUUGUAGAAUAAUGGGGUUGGAAGGGACCAUGAGAGUGAUCUAGUCCAACCCCCAGCAAUGCAGACAUCUACUGUGAACCUUUAGGGUGGAAAGAAUUAAAAUGUUAAAAUUUAUGUUUAUAAAUACAUUAGGCCAGUUGAGUUAAAUGGGUGGGUUUAUACUAUUCAUUUUUAUAUGUUCAUUUGCUUGAGUGAUGGUGGGACUAUGCAUAUGGGUAUAAAUGCAAAUGAAUUGGUUGCAGUUAUUUCUGGUACUUCAUCUGUGCAUACAGGCACCAGCCCAAAGCAGCUGAUUUUUCUCCCCUAGAAAUAUCUCUUAACUCCGGACAAGCUCUGUUGCAACAUUUUGUGGUUGUUCCUUCCCCAUCAGGAAAUGGUGGCAUAAAAAGAGAUUGUGUUGCCACCUUUCCUGAAUGACAUGUAGGCGUUGGCCUGUAGUAGGACAAGUUUUAUUUCAAGGAUGAAUAUUCUAGGCAGCUGAGAAAGAUCCACUAGGAUUUUUCAUUCCAUAGACCAAAUGAUAUUUAAAAUUCAGAAAAUUGUAAACAACAAUUUCCAUGUUGGUUUUCCUAAUUUGAGGUUCAUAUUCAUGUACAUCAUGGUGCCUUAUAAUGAGUGUGUCACAACCCUGCUCACUUAAGGUGGUGAAUCAUCUCCUUUUAAAGUUUCUUAGGAAUUUUUGCUAAGAUCUUCUGGGAUUCACCAUUCAUGGCUGCUGCUGAUGUAUCCUGGGUGCAGAUAUGACCUGCAGUCUCUCUGGAUACAGGGUUUCUAUUUUAGUAAGAACUGUCAGAAACUGUAAAAGGAGGGCUAGCAGCUGUAUGGCACACCCAGAUUGCUAGUAAUAUUACUUGAACAUUUAGGACCAUAGGGUUAUCACUGAGUGUGCAAAACUACCAUUAUAUUUUGAUUUUAUUUAAAAACAUUUAUAACCUGCCCUUCAUCAGUAAUGAUACCAGAUAGGAUAUAGAAUAUAAAGUGCAGCAGAACCAAUGAAAACAACAAAACCAUGGUCAUAACAGAAAAGCAGCUAGAUAUAGCAGAACAGGCAAAAAGGAUUGUGGAUCAUUUAUAUAUGGGGUUGGGGAGGUAUUCUUAUUACUGUAUACUAUAUUAAGAGAUAAAGGCAUGAAAAUGACAAUCUUGGAAAGAAACCAAAAGAGAAAAUAAUUUUUAUUCUAUUCUGGCUUUUCAUUUAUGGUAGUUUGUUGAGCUGGUGCUGAAGACUUUGACAAUUAUUAAGCUAAUGACUGGCAUCAACAUGCUCAGGACUGAAUCAGAAUCAUGAGGGAUCACAUUGUUCAUUGAUUGGUAAUUUCUGAGUUCCCCUGCUGCACCUGUAAGCCCUGCUCCUGCCCUCCCACAAAGAUGCUUUUGGAGGUGAAAUGUUGCUUUGGGCAUCUUAGCAUGGUGACUUUCGGUCACUUGCAGAUUAGGAACCAGCCAGUGGUGAUAUGAGAUCUGAAGGUAAUCCUACUGGAUGAAUAGGCAAAUGAGAAUGAGGAGAUUAACUGUCUUGUCAGGGUAGAAAAGUUCCUUAAUGCUUACCACUAAGCUAUGCACUUAACUAUCUGCAAGCAAGUAUUUUGUGACUGAAGAGAUGGUGGAAUCCCUAGAAGCAAACAUUCUGCUCUUAGCUUAGGGAAGUCUUGGCUCAUUUUUUGAAAGCCCUGUCUUCUAAGCAUAACCCAAAAGGGUUUCUCCAUCACUGUGCCACUCUGCAAUGUGGCAAGGCUCUAUGGGGGAUGUAGGAUAAUGCAGGAUAUAGGCUGUGCUCUGGGAAACACAGUUUCUUCUAUAUUAAUAGCAGGUGCAAGAUGUUGCUUGAUAUAAAGGGUCCCAGACUUCUCUACUCUCUUAAUGUGAGGGAGCGGUGUGGGGGGAGGCUCAGGUGUUUUGGGUCUUGUACAGUGGAGUUGGAGGAUGGCAGUACCGCAUGUGUGUGUAGUUUUUUUGGUACAAAAAUAUUAACUUUCUCUGUUGGUGAAAGAAUCAGAAUUUGUCCCUUCAAGGAGCCUAUAGAUGUUAAAAAAGUAGUAUAUAAUUGCAUGUUUAAUUCUUUCCCCUCGUUUGUAAUUCAAACAGGUUUGAGUUUCAGUCAUUUUACAAAAUUAGAUGUGGGUUUUGUUUAAAUGUAAAUAGUUGUAAUAUUGACCUUGCUGAUCAGCGGUGUAACGAAAAGCUCAAAGCUGCACAACAGAAAUUCUUCCACCCUAAAAUAAUGCUUUUUUUCAGAGGCCUUAUAAAACUUGUCCAGAGUCAUGUGGUGAUAAUAAGCAUUGGAAGCAAGUCUGAUUUUCUGUAUAACUGGCAAGGUUAUUAAAAUACAGUUUAAGUGAAAUUUAUUGCAGUUGGAUCAAAAUGCUUUUUCAAAAUGUGGGGAGCAGACCACUCUUGGGAGACACAGCAUACCCAGAAGAGGCGUGUGUGCAAAGAUCUUUACUAGACUAGUUGCUCCUUUUUUUUACUUCUGACCUUGAUUUUUAUUUUUCUACUUAAACUUUUGACUCUCUGACUGCUUUAGGCCUUAGCCCAGUUCAGCAACUUGUAGCCCAUUUUGACUGAAUUAUCGACUUGUUUGCUGCCAUCCCCUUUGUCAUUGCUAAUUGCCUGCCAGCCUUAGAGCAUCCAUGUAUUUUGAUUCCGUGGACUGUAUAGCUUUUCUCCUGCAUCUUAAUUUGUGUUAGACUAUUCCCUGCAUUUGGACGCUUGUGUACACAGUGUUCCUUGUAGGGUUUUCCAGACCAUAAAACCUAGCCUGUAUCUUGCAAAGAUGGUAAGCCUCUUUUGUAGCUCAUUCUGUGUGACUAUUGUUAUGGCAGUGCUUAUUCGGAUGUAAAGGAUGGAGAGGGGCAACUAACCCAUCUAUCAGGGUAAGCAAUAGUAUGGGUUGACCACCUCACUCUGCAAGGAAUAUCAAGGGGAUUUGUCUUGCUCACCUGGCAUACUGUCCCAAAAGAAAAACAAUCAUAAAAUUGUAGAACCCGUAGAGUUGGAAGGGAUCACAAGGAUCAUCUAGUCCAACCCCCUGCAAUGCAAGAAUCUUUCGUCCAACAUGGGGCUUGAACUCAUCACCCUGAGAUUAAGAGCCUCAUGCUCUACCAACUGAAGUUCCCCUCUUCUUUUCAAGAGGUGUUCACUGGUAAUCAAACUAUCAUAUCGAUCCAUCCACUAUCAUAUCCACCAGCCAUAUGAUUAAAUACAUGGAUUCCAACUGGCAAAGACUGGGGUGAUUGGUACCAAUUGCUAGGAACACUUCACAAUUUCAAAAAUAAAUAAAGACUCCAGGACUGCAUUGCCAAAUAUAGUUCUAAAUGGAAAUUUUAUUUGUAUAUAUCUGCGGACUAAAUUUUAUGUAAAUGUAUGACACACCAACAUGUCAGUUUACAGUUUGGUGAAAAUUGAAUCCGGCAGCACCCACUGUUAUCAGCCCCCAGCCAUUUUAGCUGUCUGCUGUUUGGCAGCUCUGGGGUAAGAGAUGGUCUCUUUACAUAGAUUGAUUUCAUCCAGCUGUAAGCAGAAGGCUGUGGCACUAUAUUUUAGAACAGGAAUACAGCCUUCCAUUGGUGUAUUAGCAUGGGUUGUUGUUGCUGUUACGGAAAAUAUGCAUUUCACGUGACUCGGGUUUGGGAGAGAAAGAAUAGGUAACAUAUAUUCAUAUAUUUAUUAGGGAAUUUUGUUAAUGUAGGCAGGAUAUUUUAGGGAUAACACUUUGUUAAGCUAGUGUGCAGUAGUAUGUUGCCAGUGGGCACAGCUGAAAAGCAACUGUUUUAUGCUGCUGGCUUUUUGCAGUUUGCUGUUCUAGAGAUUUGGAAUCUUUCUUACUAGAAAUACAUCUGGGUUUUUCUUAAUGCUGGUGCUCUGCCUAGCUUAUAGCUAUUCCCAGAUAUGUAUGCAUAGAAAUAUAUACUGAUGCUCAGUGGUGCUCAAAAUAUCUGUUGACUGUAAUGGAAAAUGGCUAUGCAGACAUGUAAAAAUUUGUCUCUAUCCUCUUUGCACUUUAAGCUUUCGACAAACAUCACAUGUGCCAGAAAUGAGUUCCCAGAAGGGGAGGCAGCAUGCUCUGUUUUCUCUCCCAAAUCCCAGUGGGAAAACAAAAGGGGUUGCUGCUUUUCACCUGCUCUAUAACAUGAAGGGAAGACUCGCUGUGUCACUUUUUUCUGUUUUCCAUUUCAAAACUAGCAUUAGGUAUUCUCUUAAUAAGCACAGUAGAAGAUAAUGAAAAAUUGAGAGUAGGGGGCAGAAACUUAGGGUAGAGAACUACAUCUUAACUGUAAGCUAAUGCAAUUGCAGGGGGGGGGCAAGAGUUAAAGGUUAGAGGGUGGGUGCAGAGUCAUUUUUUAAAAAGACAAGCUUGGAAGAGGAACAAAGAGGGAUUGCAAACUAGGUACUGUACCUAGUUGGCAACUAAUUUUUAACAAGGAUCAAUAAGAGCAAGUUUGGCUACUUUUGUUGAUUCAGUCCCAUGAGAGUUGACACAGGCGAAUUGCUCUCUGAAUCUCAAUAUAGCCAUGUGAACAGCCAUAGGCCUUUGAAAGAGUUCCCUUGUGAAAAUUUUGAACUUUUUUAUGGGCAGGAGAGGGUGAAGGCAAAUUUCCUAGGUCAGUACUGAAAAAUAGCCAAGUUACAUAAUAUUUGGAAGCCAUGAGAUGGGAAGCAUUGUUGAGCUCCAUAUCAGACAUCUCUGAGGAACGAAAUAGUCCCUCAAAGGUGCUAGUUGCCAGUUCCUAGUAUAUGUGUUCCAGCCAUUAGGGGACAGAUAAAUAAUUGGAUUAAAAUUAGAUUAGCGUGGUGGAGAGACUCUGGGUCAGCUUUGUGGUGACCUGGCAACCAAUCAGAAGGGCCAGGUGAGUCAGAAAAUUAGAACUUUUCAGUUACGGUAAAUUGUCAGAUGGGAAUCUGUCAGAUGAGAAGUUAUGGCUUGGGAAAAAACCUAGAUAGGGACCUGGGAAGUGGGUGACAUGUCCUGAUAGGGAUUGGGGUAAGCUAAGUAUGGCAACCCAGGCUAAUUCCCUGAGGGUGAAGUAAAUAUUUUUGAAGAGGCUGAGGGAGAGUUGUUGUUUUAGUAAUGUUAAUAGCCAUUCUAGGUGGAAAUAAAGGCGGUAACCAUUUUGUGUGUGUUUGAUUGGUGUGUGACUGCUGACACGCAUGCCGUUUUCAGCCCUGAAAGGGGGCAGAUUGGGGUGGGCUGGCACAUGCUUCACUGAUGCAUGUGAUGACCUGGAACACAAUCCCCGUGCAAACGGGGAGUCGUCUGUAGUCUACCCUGAGACAAGGUCUGAGAGUUUAAGUAAGUUCUUGCCUAUCUGUGAUAUGAGCAUGUGCCUGUAACUAAGUAUUGUUAUCAUGAGUAACCAUCAGGCUUGAACCCUCAUUGAGCGUAAUGAAAUAAAAAGUCUAGAAGAAUGUUCUAGAAGUGCCUCCUCUUUAAACUGAACCUCUGUGUUUGAGGCGGAAAAGUUUAUACAGCACAACCUUCACAUGCCGUAUUUACUCGAAUCUAAUGCUCACCUGUUUUGGCCGAAUUGCGUUGCGAAAAUUAAGGUGCACAUUAGAUUUGAUGGUGCAUUAGACUUGAGUAAAUACGGUAAUACAAUACCUUGCUACCAUAAACAGUUAACUCCGCACCUCUCUUGCGUUAUUAGCAGGGAGAGUUGAAUCUUUUAAACCACCAAUAAACAUGUUGAUCGUGCUACCCAGCUCCUGUCAUUAGAGGGAGAGUCUGUUACAGUUAGAUUUAAUAUUUUUACCCUGCUUUCCUAUUAAACUGGCAUACAGUACAAAAGUGGCUCACGGUAAGUGGCUUACAGUACAAAAAAACAAAAAAGCCUACAACGAAAAGAAUAUUGUUUGAAGGCAUAUACAAAGCAGUUUUAAUGCUGAAGCUGUGUAGCCUGAAUAGGAGAACACCUGGGAACCAUAUAUAAGUUGCGCUGAGAUCUUUGUAGGAAGAGUAAAUUUUAGUUUAAGGAAACUAACGUUAAGAGCACAGAAGAAGCAUUUGGAGAAAAAUAUGGUACACAUAUAGCAAUCCCACUAAUAGCAAGUCCUGGUGAUAAAUAUUGAUAGGAAUGGGGCUACUGAGAAGCAAACGUUGCUACUGGCAUGCUUGGGGAAACCCCAGAGUUUCCAGAAGUUUAUGUAAAAGUAACAAAACUGUAAACAUAACAACCCAAAAAAACAGCCAAAUGAAGGCUAAGUAUACUCGGUAGCUACAAAAUAGUGAGUUCAAAUUGGAAAAUAAAACUUUAAAACAGAAAUGGGAGUCUGGAAUGUAGUGGCCUGCUUGAGCGCCUUACAGCUUAUAUAAUAUAAUAGAGGAGGCCAUAGAUGACUGGAAUUUUGAGCCAGGGACACUCAUUUUUAGUAGGCAAGGAUAAAUUUGCAACAUGGUAUGGCCCCAGGACACAGUCUGAGGUCAGCACUUGGCUGAAACUGAGGAGCUCUGGGUCUGGUCAGUGCCUGGAUGGGUAGCCUCCUGGGAACCAUGGUGGAAGAAAUGCAGGAUAUAAAAGUAAGUAAACAGGUCCUACUUACAAAGGUAGAACGGUGACUGCCCAUGGAAAGGAUUGCACAUAAGGGACAAGAGGAUUGUACUAGAUUUGAAAGUGGAAUAGAGGCUAAUUGGAAGAUGAGGAGAGUGAGGAGAUAUUUAAUGAUCAUAAAUCAGUUGGGUGUUAAGUAUAACUUUUUCUCAAUAUUGGCUUCUGCAUUGAACAGCCUGCUGAAACAUGCCCUGUGGAAUUUGCAGAUUUCACCCCUGGUGAGAUGCAUGAGCUCCAGGAGUCGUCAGGUCAAAAGUAUUGAUGCAUAAAAGGAGUAAAAGUGUACCUGUAGCUAACUUGUGCUUUUGUUUUCUACGCUUCUGUGUAACUUUUGAACCAGGUGCCAGCUAUUACGACCGUUUUGUCUUACCUGGUGAGACAUUUUGCUCCCCACAGUGAAUGGGAAUGGACGAAGAUGAAACUCUUGAUGGUACAUAAGCUUUUGUGCAGAAUUCCAUACACAUUUAAAAGGUGGGAACACAGGAAACUUAAACAGAGUCAGGCCUAUUGGUCCAUCUAGCUCAGCACUGUCUAAACCAGGGGUAGUCAACCUUUUUCUACCUACCGCCCACUUGAUGGUAAAAUUUCCUUACCGCCCACCAGUGCUCAAUGGAAGGAGGAUUCAGCUUGUGCCAUAGAACCCCCUACUGCCCACCUAGAAUCCUGAAACACCCACUAGUGGGCGGUAGGGACCAGGUUGACAACCCCUGGUCUAAACUGACUAGCAGUGGACCUCCAGGAUUUCAUAUGGGAGUGUCUCCCAGGCCUACCAGGAGAUGCUGGAUAUUGAACUCUGGGACCUUCUGCAUUCAAAGCAUGUUCUCUGUCAUUCAACUACAUUCUCUCCUUGCAUUCUUAAGCUACACUGCUUGGUUUUUAUUUUUAAUCUUGUUUUUAAUCUAGUUUUCAGGAAACGCUACUGAAUAUUUUUGUGCAGACUUAGAGCUUAUAUAAAUUACAGAGUAGCGUGCACACACACACAUCUCACAUGUGUGCUGGAUCUAUUGCAUGUUGUGCUAGAGCACCAAGGACCUACUCUGUGAGAGAAGCCUUGGUGGUGCAUAUGAGAUGCAUUUUGGGGUCAGUGUGUGGGUUAAGAAUUUUUUGAAUGUAAUGUUUGGCUCCAUCAAAUCUUGAAUGUGUAAAACUGAAUGCAUGCCAGCAUCUUGUUUAAGUUGGACCUAUGAUCUGCGCUACAGAAAACAGCUCAAGUGCUGGGCUGCUUACGUAGUCACCCAUAUUACUGAACUGUUUGCAUUUCCAAUCAGCUUUCAAAAUAGUAUUUUUAAGGUUAAACUUGUUGGCUUUUCUCAACUGGUGUGAGUUUGGUAACUACUAUCCCCAUCUUAAGGGUUGAAUCCAAGCAGCUUGCAAACCUAUGGAUGGCAUCACCUUCUGUACUGAAUCCAUUCACAUUACUCUGUAAAUAUAUUGGGUUGAUCCGUGCUCUACUGUCUUCUUCAGCCAGCCAUUCCAUUCCCUACUUGGGAGACUUGGAUGAGAUAAAACAGUCUGUCCCCCCAUUGUAUCUAACUUCUAACCCACUUAAUAUUAAUAUUCCUAUAUAAAAGCAGACUUUAAACAGAGUGCACUAGCUUCCCUCUGUGGUACUUGCUUUCUGUCAUUUCACAUAAUUUAUUUUCUACUUGACAUACUUCAGCCAUCUCUUUGCAAAUGAAUGUUUUUGGCUUUUUUUCACCAGAGGCGAAACUUGGCUUUAUUUCACCCAGGUCAAAGACCCAGUUUGGCACCCCCCCCACACACACACAUACACUUGCGCACCCCCACAGGCGGGGAACCUCAAUGGCUCCCCUCUGGAGGCUUCAUCGGGGGCAAAAAACCUGGCUAGCCCCCCCCCCCCGUAUCUACAGCUCUGCUUUCACCCUUCACCUAAAUGAUUGCUGAGUACAGAAUCUGUGGCUUCUGAAAAGUUCAGAUUAAUAAACAAAACAAAAGGGGGUGAUUUUGUGGGCCACUGCUGUGAUUCUCCCAAAUGCUUGACUGUGUCAGGAGAAAACCAUGAACCUUGGCUUGCCAUAUAACCUGAAAGGCCACAACUUUUGCACCCACACCUUAACCAUAAAUCCACAUAAUCCAGACCACAGUUACGACACAAGCAAACAGGGUCAGGCAAGGUGCACUGCACCAUAAAACAGAUAGCUCUGUAGGACUUGCAACACAAUCGUUUGUUUACUCAGCCCACUGUGUUCUCUGGGUAAGGAUGACUUAGUAUUGUAGCAUUUAGCAUCUAAGCUUAAGUCUAGGGGUCACUCAUCACUCUGACUAAAUGGGAGUGGGUGGGUGGGGGAUUUUGCUUCAGUGCCAAAUGCAGUUUUGUGUAGAAUUUACUGGUCUUGCAUGUAGUUCCUACAGAAUAGCAGGAGAGCCGCCAGAAGGUUUAGAACUGUCAAUCUGGGAAAGCAGCCAUGGGCAAUUGUUACUGAUGGAGAGAAAAAACACAUUCUUGAGCUGGACAGCUGAUCUCACAGCUGCCCAAGAGAACCCUUGAAUGGUUUUUACUGAAACACACUGAAGGAUAAAGGCCAAAAAGAAGUGAUUGAAACUACCAACAGGCGGUGGCAUCAUCAAGCUGCAUUGCAAUGAAUUUUAUGUCCUGAAACAUGCCCAGUUUUCCUUCAUGCUACAAUAUUGUGCAAGGCAAAAUGUAAAAUUAUGUUUCAUUCAAGUCAGAAAUCUCAUACAGAGAAGAAGGAACAAAAUGUGAACCUUUGUUGUCACACAAGAUUAGUAGCUGAAAGCAAAUUGGGAAACAAAGAGAGUCAUCUACUCUCCUGUGGGAUUAAAACUGUGGUAGGUUUGUGCUUUUCUCGUAUUUGUAUUCUUCAAGUAGAAUCCCAAAAUGACCAAAAUCCGAGUCAUGGGUGCAAUGGAAAAUGAGGGGAGUGGUGAGGAUUAAACAGUGGUUGAUGGGAAAACUGUAUUUGUGUUCAGUCACACUCGCCAUUACUCCACUAGUUUCCUAGUUGCAGUCGGUGCUUAUCAAUGUCACAAUCAAAGCAAAAGUUAUGCAUGAUAUAAUCCUGAAUCAGGCUGUCAGUCUGGUAUGCAUUACUGGAACCUGACUGAAUGAGGCAGGGUUGCCUGUUUUGAUCCAGAUGUUGCCAGUUGAGUACACAAAAACAAUAACAUCCUUUCAGAUGGUAGGGAAGUACAGCUGUUAUAAUCUAGAAAUAUAACAAACCUUUGGUUAAGUAUCCAAUGGAACUAGCGUACUAUCCACCACUCUUCCUGAGCUGACAGAGGCAUUCUUUGAUUUUGUAUUGAAGUCACCUAGAGGGUCCUCUGUUUCCUUUCUAAGGUUACCUUGACAGAAAGGUAUAGCUCAGGAAUAUAUGAUAUAGGUUUAUCUACUGGGCCCAGUAACAUAUGUGGGAUUUGUUCUUGGCUUGUGCUGGGAAUUGCUAUGGGCAGCUCAUGACCUAGUUAGAACGCAGGCUACCCCUGUAAAAUUGGGAGACCAAUCUGAAUGGUCUGUCCCUGUUACGGUCAAGAAAUCUCAGGGGAUUUAUCCCCUGGCAGCCUUAGCUCUUCUAGAGUCAAUGUCGUAGAUCUUUGGAAUGCAGAAAUGAUUGGACACCAUUGCAGUUUUGGUGCAAUCUCCCGUAGUCUGGAAGUCCAAUGACUCCUUAGUUCAGUGAGCUAUUGUGAGAAAAGCUGGAACAAAGACAGCAGAAGGUGCAAAUUGAGUUGCAGCUGAAGACAACAUAUAGCUUACUUGAAGGUCUGCUUUGUAGUGGUGAUGGUUGCAACAAAUGGCUUUAUGGUGUUGCUGCACUAAAACAUGAUUUCAUUCAGUUAUCUAUGGCUAAUUAAAACCUUGGAAGAGACCCCAUCACCAGCUACACCGCUUCCAUUUUGUGUAACUUAAUUGUGUGUUGUCACACAGCCUUUCCCAGCCUUGGAGCCCCAGAUUUUGCAAGACUACAACUGUUAUCCCUGACAAUUGGCCAUACUGGCUGGAGAAUGAUGGCAAUUGUAGCCCAGCAACAUCUGGGGGCCUGAGGCUGGGAAAGACUCCUGCUUCUUCUCUUCUUUGGCGAUCACUUCCAUGAAACAGUGAGUCCAUAAGUGACAGUGGAGGCUAAUUCUGGAUCCACACAUCCUUCGACAGUGGGUACAUAGGUUUCCAGGUGGGAGUAGAUCACGGUGAGGAUUUGCCAAACGUUUCUUCCUCUUAGCACAUUUCUCCCUUUCGUCCUAAGUUCGAGCAUUGAACUACUCUUGCCACCACUACUUACCCCAGUCAAGUAGUGGCGAAGAGGAGCAAUCCCUGGAGGAAGGAGCUGGAGCUCUCUCCCUCUGGGCCCCAGUCCAAGUCACUGGAGGGUCCAGAGGAAGAGAGCCCAGCUUUUGUGGCAAUAGCUGCAGUAUCUGUAUAAGGGAGUUCAAAGAGCUGCUUUGAAUGUUGUUUGUAAGCAGGUUUUGGAGAAAAAUCAUUUGCAUUUAACCUCCUUUGGGCACCACUGUUAACAAAGCACCCAUGAGCUCAUGUCACAAUAUGCAUAGUUCUCUUAGAAGGAAGCUACCUUAUAGGGAGCCAUGGAGUUCAGUAUUUUCUCUAUGCUGACUGGCGGUGGCUCUCCAGGGUUCAGACGGGAGUUAUUCUAGGACCUGAAUUUAUACAGAUGCUCUUUCACUGAGCAGUGACCCUUCCCAAGUACAUCUGUUGUUUCUUCCCCCAGCAACAAUUCUGCUCUUUGAUCUUCAUCUGAAUAGCAGCCUGGUAUCUUUUUCUAAAAAACACAGUUUAUAAAGGUUAUAAAAUGAAUCAUAACUCUUUCAAAAACUUUUAUUCUUGUUUACACAUCCACGUUAAGUACAUUUUCACUUAGGAAAAUAUUCAGUUGAUUUCAAUGCAAUUUGUUUGGAAGUAGUUGGAAAGCUGCUGGUCUGUAUUUUUGUGUGUGUGUUAGCAUUAAGUGCAAGAGCAUAUUACUGAAAGGAAAGCAGAGGAUUAGUGUUUGUCCCUUGCAGAAAGGAUACUACUUAAAUUAAGACUGGGAUAUAAGCAAAUACAAUUUGGGCAAAAUCCUGAAUCACAUUAGGAGUGUUAUUUACAGAUUUUUUCUUUUAUUAUUUACAGAUUUAUUUAUUUUUGGAAGAAUCCAAAAGUUUGAUACAGCUUUUUUCUGUCUUUGCAUAAUAUACAGUGGUACCUCGGGUUACAGACGCUUCAGGUUACAGACGCUUCAGGUUACAGACUCAGCUAACCCAGAAAUAGUACCUUGGGUUAAGAACUUUGCUUCAGGAUGAGAACAGAAAUUGCACAGCGGCGGCAGCGGGAGGCCCCAUUAGCUAAAGUGGUGCUUCAGGUUAAGAACAGUUUCAGGUUAAGAACAAAUCUCCAGAACGAAUUAAGUUCUUAACCCGAGGUACCACUGUAUAGCUUUACAAACAAUAAUGGCAGCUUGCACUUUCAGAGGAUAAUCUUGCAGCAUUUUAAUCUUUUGCGGUGCAAUGUUUAUCUUCCUAGAAAUUUACGUUGUUCAAUGUUUGUAGAAUCUCUUUAAAAACGCAAGUCUUCAGUGUAUACUCAGCAUAACAUUUUGGUGAAACAUGGAGGAGGUGUUUAACUAAUGCUUGGAAGGUAACACAGAAUGUAAAACAACUGUUGAGGUUCAUAAACACUCUGCCUGAAUGUAAAUAAGCACUAUAUACGUUGUAAAUCUCAUUCCUAUAAAACUAGCUUUUAAACCAUAGCAGAUGUUACAGGAGCACCGUUGUGGUCAAGAAGUGCUAAACGGAUAUUAUGAAUAAAUAAGUAAAAAGCCCAUGACCACAAAGCUUAAGGUUCUUGACAAAAUACCUUUCAAUAGAUAAAAACAUUUCAUAUUUUGUCAGUGUUGAGCAGUACUUACUUGGAAGUGGUGUGGGUCAGGGAGGGAAUCUGUUCACUAGAAGGCCAGGGGGCACUUGCUGGCGAAUGGAUUUCUAGAUGCCUCAUCAGAAAAGCUGAUGUGAUAGGAAUGUACAGCAAGGCGAGAGAAAACAGAUUUGAUAAUACGGUGAAACAGCUUUCCAUUAGAGAACAGUCUAUUGGAAAGCAGUGUCAUUCUUUCUCUUGACAUAUUGUUGAAGCCAGAAUGGGUGCAGUGUGAAAUAAAGACUUAAUGGAUAAGAAUGCUGGUCUUUAUUAAAUCUGUUUAUAUUUGUUGACUAACAACAUUUGUACACUGCCACACAAUGUCAAGUUCUAUGGCCUGCCUAUAAUAAAUAUGGGUUUUUUUUAAAAGUGCAUUGAUUACAUAGCCUUCUAAUGGUGCAUGCUGUUAGUUUUAAUCUGUGCACUGGGCAGUGGUAAGGAACAACGGGGCUGUAACUGCAGCCUCAGCUGGUAGAUGUGUGGGAGCAACAGGAGGGCAUGGAUGGAAGUCAGCAAGGGGGCACCAGUUAGCAGGCACAUCAAAAUCUCUAAGCCUACUUCAUGGAACGGUUUGGCAUUUCUGGCUCUGAAAUCCAAACCAGCCCAAUUCAGGAUGUUUGGGCAGCGGGGUUGGGGGUGGUUGGGUGGGUCUUCCUUAAUGCCACAUUUCUACUUUCCAGCAUCAUGAUAAGGUAUGCUGUCUAUGUGCCAGUUUUUCCUAUUUUGUAGAGCAGUGUGAGCCUCCCAAGAGGUUUUGCAGUCCAAACAUAUGGCCCACAAGCUGAAGGUUUUUGAAAAGACAUGAGAGGAGGACCAGGAAGAAACAGCUGAGAGUAGAGUCAACAAGAGGCAGAGGAAGAAGCCAGAACAGCGAGGACAGAGUUGAACCAGGAUGAAGUGGAGCUUCAGCCAUGCUGGGUAUCCAGGGGAGCUGGGAACAGGAACUGACAAAUGAGGAACAGUGCAAGGUUAGAGACAAGUCAUGAGCGAAGAGCAGCUGAGGACAGUUUGAGCACCUCUCUGGGCAGAAUACUGCUUAGGCAAAGACUUGCAGUGGACCUGGAAGGAUUUAUCUGCAGUAGGAUCACUAAUUAACUUAGCAAUUCCAGUUUUCUUGUCUUUCAUUGUGGCUAAGAAGUGGGGUAAAAGAGGUGAGGACUUAAAUAUUAAGGAUGAAGCCCAUUCUCUUAGAAUUCAGAAGCUGACACUUAAUUUGAUUACACCGUUAUAUCUCCACUGGGCCAAAGUUUCAGUUGAAGAAGCUCUUAUCAGCCUUUUUCUUCUGCGUAUGAUCAAAGCUGUCAUUUUAAUUAUCUUGAUAACUUUGCUUUAUUUAUGUAUUUUUUUUCUUACUUGGGUCUUGGCAGCUCCAUGCAAUGCACUUUUAUAAUCAAUAAUAAUAUCAUCGUGUGAUAGUUAGGUUUACUGUUUUAACUUAUUGCAAAUAAAAUGCUUAUUAAAAAGAUAAUUAAAACAGUUUUAAGGGUGGAUAUUGAUCUGCCACUUUAUAGCAAGAAAGCUAAAGAGUUUGGUUAGAUUUAUGCAUCUUAGGUUUAAUGAUAUUCGAUACCUCUUGACUUUUCAUGAGACAGGGUAAUCUCAUCUCAUAAGCAGUCAUUUUUCAUUUUGGAAAUGGUUUUUUCCAGUGAUAGCCAAAUGCUAGGCUAUCUUAAUACUAGAAAAAAACCCUUGUUUAAUGUUUUAAUCUUUUUAAAAAAAGAAAAUUUGCAUGGUUUUUAGAAAUGUAGUUUAUUGCAGUUGGUUGUGCAAAUAAUACGUAAAACGAAAGUACUUGAGUAGUUAAAACCAAGAAAAGAAUGCAAUGCUAUAUUAGAACAGUAUUCAGUUCUUCAUUUGAUAUGAGGAAUAAUUAUGUAAUAGGGUUUAGGUUAUUUCCCAGUGAAGCACAUAUUGAACAAUCCUCCUGACUUUAUUUCGCAAAAUUUGUUUGACUGUUAUAUGAUGUUGAUGUCAAGUGGCUGUUACCCUGCACUUUCCAUUGUAUUUUCCCACCACUUUCCUUACUGCAAAAUAUCAAUUUUUAAAACUCUCUUUGUUGUGUAGGAACAUUAUUUAGCCUUUGAUUAAUAUCAGUGUAUGGCCUUUCUUUCUGGUGGUUUAUGAAGCGGCACUCUUAACACACAAAGAACAUAUGCCAGCGUUUUACUGAAUGUAUGAGAGAUCUGUGCAGAAGUGCCCAGAAAGAGAAGAGAAUUGGGUCUUAUUUCUGAGCAAUGUACAAUUACAGUGGUACCUUGGUUUAAGAACAGCUUAGUUUAUUAACAACUUGGAUUAAGAACGCGGCAAACCCGGAAGUAGGUGUUUUGGUUUGUGAACUUUGCCUUGGAAUAAGAGCAUGUUUUGCUUCCUGUUGAGUGUGUUCCAUUUGUAGAUUGAGUCCCCCGCUGCUAUGGGAAAGCACACCUUGGUUUAAGAAUGCUUUGGUUUAAGAACGGACUUCCAGAACAGAUUAAGUUCGUAAACAAAUGUACCACUGAAUUGUGGCAUGAAUCUAUGCUAGAAAUUGUGGCAGCAGGGACUACUUCUGAACCAAGACAGACACUGAGGUGCUAGGUCUUAGUAAAACUGCAGUAUUUAACUGCCCAUCCUUUUUUUGUGAAGGAUUGAGAGAAUCAGAACAGAUGGGAAAGAGGACAUCUUUCAUCCCAGCUGAGUAACAAUUGUGACAGCAAGGAUCCCUUUUGAACCAGGAUAUUGUUGCUAACUAGUAUUUCAGUUAAGCUCAGAAUUGUUGACAGCGUUUAGUGAUUAUCAUAGAAUCAUAGAAUUGUUGGAAGUGACCUCAAGGGCCAUUUAGUCCAAUCUCCUGCCAUCCAGGAAUCUCCAGCCCAGUGUGGGGCUCAGACCCACAACCCUUGGGAUUAAGAGCCUCAAGCUUUCCAGACUGAGCUAUGGUCAAUCUAUGUACAGUAGUAAGUACACUCUGGGUAUUUUGGAGUCAGGAAGAAUAAUUAUUACAUACAGUUUAUGAGUAUAUUAGUUGUUUUAAAUCUUUUUUUUGAGAGUGUGUUUAUAGUCAGAUUGUGGUUCCCAAAUCAUUCUACUUCAAAAUAAGAUCCAGAUUAAUGUAUGAGAGCAUUUUAUUCAUUAAAUUCACAUCAGAACUAUUUAUUACCGUAUUUACUUUUUAGACCAUGUAGAUUUGGAACAUUGUUUACUCUGGCUUCCACAAAACCUAAUAUUUGAAUAUUAGCCUAUAGGGGCAACGCACAGGUGAACUGGAGAGAAGCACAAAUAGCCCUUCUCUGAAUUGCUUGAGAGUACGGUAUCUUUUUCAGUAGUCCAAAAUUUAGUGGCUGUGAUACAGGGCUCCUCGAUACAGUGGUUCCUCUGGUUAAGAGCGUAAUUCAUUCCGGAGGUCCAUUCUUAACCUGAAACCGUUCUUAACCUGAGAUACCACUUUAGCUAAUGGGGCCUCCCGCCGCCGCCGCACAAUUUCUGUUCUCAUCCUGAGGUAAAGUUCUUAACCCGAGGUACUACUUCCAGGUUAGCGGAGUCUGUAACCCGAGGUGUUUGUAACCCGAGGUACCACUGUAACUACAAAGCAUACACGCAUCUGCAUGAGACUUGAUCUUCAGUGUUGGGGAAAGUUCUGUUGUACAUACAAAGGACUGCGCAAUGCUGCUUAUAAUAUUUUAAUAUUAAUAUACGGUAUGUGUAUGUAUCAGUAGUGUGUGUGCAGGUGGAAAAGUGGAGUCUUGGUUUCAAAUGAAAUCUAGGUUGCUUUUUCCCUUUUUAUAAAUGACUUGCAUUAUUUAUUUAUUACUAUAUUUAUAUGCCACCUUUCCUGCAGGGAACUUUCUUGUCAAAUUCCAGUUUGAAUUAAUCAUUAAGCUGGAAUUUGAUGAUAUACUCUCUCACUGAAGGAAUUUGAUAUUGUUCACGUUCAGGAACUUGCAGAGAGUAUUUGUUAAAAUGAAUGCUUUACUAGUGAUCAUUGUAUUAUUUUGUAUGCAGUUUUAAACUUGCAUUAUUACAUUGCAUAUACUAUUUUUGGAUAUAACUUAGGCCUCUUUAUUUGUUGGUUUUAACUAGAACGGAACAUAGUUCACGUAGCCAUUAUCCUAAGCCAGCUCUCCCCCAGCUCAGUCAGAGAUUGGGGGGGGGGACGACUUCCCUUAUGUAAGGAUUUUUUUUUUUUUAAAAGUCCAAGUAACACUGAAAAAUAUCACCACAGUACUAUAUAACAUAUACCCCACAUGCUUCAUGGAAAGCUUUCUAAUAAAUUACGACACAUUUUCAUUUUGUAUAGUGCAUUAUGGGUUGUUGUAAAUGUGAAGCUUAAUUUAUUUUUAACAUUCGAAACAAAGCCUUGCUUGCUGUUACAUCAAAUUUAUGUCUGCUCUCCAAAAGCAACACUCUGUAUAAAUACAACUGUUAAUUCAUUGCUAAUGCUUUCCUGCUAAUUGUUUGGAUAAAGAGAAUUUUAAUCCACCUGCCAAGAGCAUCCUAUUUCUUAUAGCAGGCAAUUGUACGUUGUAAAUUUGGUGAAAUAAUUAAAACCGUGUGUGUUUGUAUGUGUUUACUUUGAUUUCUAAAAUUGCACUAAGCUAUUGUAACAUACAUUUACUCAGUGCUAUUUUUCUAGAAAAAGCUGUGCUGGAACUCACCAUAAACCUCUCCCUUGUUCUCUUAUAAUGGCAAUGGCACCCACCUGAGUGGUGCCAGAACUGAGUUCUGGUGAGUUCUGGCUGGGAAAAGCGCUGCAUUGUUUUUAAUACUUGCUUGGGAGCCGCCCAGAGUGGCUGGGGAAACUCAGCCAGAUGGGCGGGGUAUAAAUAAUAAAUUAUUAUUAUUAUUAUUUACUAUAUGUACUAUAUAGAGCUGAGGUAUAACUACUUUGGUUGUUGUUGGGUAUUUUGAUCCUCAUGCAGCAAUUAGACCAUUACAAAUUUUGAGUUACUUGUUAAUGUACAUGUGAAUACUAUGAGGCUCUCAGUUCUGCAAACUAAAGAGAAUUUUCUGGUCAUUAGCAAAACUUAACAACCUCUUAUAACAAAUGUUUUGUAAUAUAAGAUACAAGAGAGAUUUGUGGUUAUAAAAAUAUAUAUGCAAUGUAUUUGAACUGAACCUGCGGAUUCCGUGUGAGAGUAUUCUUCCGGCCCACUUGGUAUGAAAGUUGGGUUGCUCUGCUCCAGGGCCUGUUGACUUUUUCUCCCCUGGCUUCUAGCAUAAGAUAAUAUGUUCCUUUUGGCUGCCUGGAAAUAAUAAAGUAGAGGGCAGGCUGGCAGUGAGAAAGGAGCAUAUGGAAUAGUGGGGAAUCUGCUUUGCUCCCACCUUUUAAAAACCAGCUCGUUUCCAUUUUUUAAUUUCAGUUUUGUGCCAAGUGUGUUUCUGCCAUCCUAGAAUCUCACAUGCUUGGCUCUCCUCAUAGCCCACAUUUUGUUCUUCAGUUCUAUAGGACUUAACACCAUUAUUAUGACAAAGUAUAAACAGAAAAAUUGUCCGCAAUAGAACAAAAGGAUUGGAGCACAAAGUCAUCUGUACAAGUAGUGUCUGAUAUUUUGUGCCAUCAUUUAAAAUGUACCAGAUGGUUGGCAAAGGACUAUCCCAGAAGCACAAAGUAAAUUACCUGGGGAUAAUUUAACAUCUGCAGCACUGUUCUCAUCAAUUAUAUACAGUAAAUGGCUUGUAUACCACUUCCUAGCAUCAAGUACAUUUGUGUAUAGCAGCCUUUAUAGAUUCAUGGCUUUACAAAUCUAUCAGUAUGAUAAUCUGGUCUGUAGCUCUUUGGCAUUUAUUCCCCUGUAAUUCCAGUGUAAACUAAACUCUUUAUUUUUAUAAGGCAUGUUGUUUAUCAUAUCACAUGAUUAAUUCUUGUGAUUAUUUUCUAAUGGGUAUUUGGAGUUGAAGAAAAGUGAAUACACACACACACACACACACACACACACACACAAACAAACAAACACAACACACCCAUCUUCCAUCUACUGGUUUCUAUUACACCUAUAAAGGUAGUGGGUUUAAGGAGCUGCCUACAGGCAGAAACCUAUUCUGUACAGAUGUGGAUAUUGUUGCUCAGAACCAAAUCUGAACAAGCCAAUUGAUUUUACUUCAGCACAAUGGUUACCAGCACCCACCCAUCUCUGCAAUUUCUGGCAGCAGGAAUCCCUACUCACAUUUGGGAUCACUUUUUAAUCUUUGUCUUAGAUAAACUUAAGCAGACAGAUCUUCUUAACUCUUCCUCUGAUAAAGCAGAUGUUCCAGUCCUCUAAUUGUUCUGGGAGCUUUUUAAACAAACCUUUUACAGACGCAUCUAAUAUGUAUUAGAUGAAGUCUGAUCAGAGACUGCAUUAACUGCUUAAUGCAUGGGUUAGUAAAGAUCUGGUAGGGCUGCCUGAAAAAGAAACCCCAUAGAUAUAAUCUAUAUAUUCACAGAAACAUACAGCACCGCAAAGGCAUGGUUUGCAGAUAAAACACGGCCUCUACAUGGAACAUCACGUUUUUACUAGUGUGAAGUUUCUUUCACAGUUAAAAUUGGUUUUUGUCAACCAGCAUAAAAUGGUGCAUCCAAGAUUCUUGGGACAAGUUGUGCUUGCACCCCAGAUCAGACACGAGAAGGGCCUCUCCUUAGGGGAUGAGCAGGGUAGUCUAGCAGGAGGUGGUACCUCUUAGGUGUAAGUUGUUUGGGGUUUAAAAUAUUGUGAGUCGAAUUCAAAUAAUGCAAAACAGUCAUAAUGUAACAACAGGUAAAUCUCAAAACAAAUAAACUAAAGAGAUUAAAGAAGGAGAGAACGAAUGAACAUGGGUAAAUGCACAGUUUAAAAAUAACUUAAAGUAAGGUUUAGGGAAGAGGGAGGGAGGGAGAUCAAGAGGAGGAUAAUGCAGCAGUUUGAGCUUGUCACUGAAUAGAGUCUUCCAGAAGCUUAUCUGCGAAGAUGGGAACAGUCCCCUUAUGGAGGCAUUGAUGAUGGAGGGAAAGGAAAAUGGGGAAUCAAGUUGUGGGAAGCUGGAUGGUGUAAAGGAGUUUCUCAGACAAUGCUAUUGUGCCUAUACUGGCCCUCAAGGGUAAAGUCUGAGAACAUCUUCCGUCCUUCCGCAAUAGACAUGUGGGCUGCUACAAGGAGAAGUGUCCAUAGAUCCUUAUGGAUGAAUUUAGGGCCAGUAAAGAGCAAGUGCAGGGCACUUCAGAAGAUGUUGGAAGAUUCUGGACAGAUAAAAGGAAGGUCUUCUUCACACAGCACAUAGUUAAACUAUGGAGGCAGUAAUGGUUCUGAAUACCAGUUGCUGGAAGCCACAGGAGGGUUAUCUUACAUCUUUUAAACAAAUUCCUCUGCCCCCAAACCCGCCUCUGAAUUAGUUGUAAGGUUCAUCUUUUUAAUAAAUAUAUAUACAAAAGACCUACUGCAUGUCUCUGUAAUAAGUGUUUCAAUGAAAUUUAUUUGGAAUUCUCUGAAAUACACCAUAUUUCAAUACAGCAUAUUUCAAACUUGCAGUGCACAAAAGAAAAUAUUUUUUUUUUAAAUCUGCUAAGUAUGUGAUUGCUUAGUGGCUGCUAGCAGUGUCCAGGGUGGGCCCUGUUGUUGCUUCUGGCCACUCAAACAACCAGAUCUGCACAUUGUUGAAUUAGCAAUUCUCAAGCUUUCACCACCACCUCACAACAUCCUCCAAUGAGGGUGCUAGUUUUUCUUCUCCUUUUGCAGCUACGCUGGUAGCCUCCGGGGAACUUACCAUGAACUGUUGCUAGAUUUGGUUAUGAAACUAGUAUAUUUUAUUUUAGCCUUGCACCAUAGUUACAUAGACUAAGAUCUAAAGAGCCUGUUAGACAAAUGCAAGGGGUUUGCACCAGCCCAUUUGAUUCCCCCCUUUUUUUUACUUAUUCUACCCCCUUUAAACAGCUGAUUCCAAUACCAUUUAUAAAAUGCUUAUUGAAUGCUUCUUCCCCCACCUCUGUCCCAAAACGUUUGUUAUGGAGCUAAAUUCCCCAAUCUAGAAUCCCAAGAUUUACAUUUGACGUCCCCUCAAAUUUAGGUACAUCCAGUGCCCGCCCCCCAAACCUUCUUGUUGAAUUCCAUUUCCAAUUUCCAAAAUUUCAAUUUUGGAAGUGGUGUGCUAUAAGGCAUUGCUGGGAAGGGGAAGGACUAGCAUUAGAGAUAACACAGUUCUUUGGAUCCCAGCUGCAGACCUUUGAAUUCUGGCCAUAGGGAAAGUGGCCUGUCUUUUCAGUUGUGCUUUCAUGAAUUUUUAAAAAGGUCUUUUGCUUAUGCGGUUUUACUGUUGCUAGUGCAGACUAAUCUUUGUACCCAACUUUGAACCAAGUGUACAAAGUCUGGAAGGCUCCGGCCAGUUUGUGCAGCUAAAUGUUAAGGGAAAAUAUUUGAUCAGGGCUUAGCUUCAUGCCUCCUGUUAUUUGUGGAUAUAUAUAUUUUUUAGGGCGAGAGCUGCAUUUAUUUUAUGUGCUACUUUUCAAAUAAACCGGUUCCCAGAGGGACAGAAAUCCACCAGUUGUGCCGCAAUUAAAACCUAAAUGUAAAGCUGCAACAGGGAAGAAAAAUUUGAAGUAACAUUAUGACACAUGUUAGCAGGAAAUUGCAAGAUACGGAGGGAAAGUGUACAAAUUGAUGUUUUAAUGUAAUGUCUUUCAACUCGAUCUAGCAAAGGGAAAGAGAAAAAGAUGUCACAUUUACAGGGUUUUUCUGCUUUAAAGCCGGUUGUCAUGAAAUGCAAAAGAAAACCCGGUGUUUAAUUUUCCAAGACACUUUGAUCAAUUGUAUUAAUUUGUCUCAAGGAAGAAUGAAUAAUUUUACCAACAGUAUAAUGAAAAUGUUUCAGCAUUAAUGCAGAAUGAAGUACAGUGAAUGGAGGUAUUGAGCCAGUUUCACCCAUUAUCUGUUUAUUAUUAAGCCUUCCAAGACUAAUAACAUUAGUGAAAGAUAUAUUUCUUUAACAUUUAUUUCAAAGUGGUGCAGUUGCAGCUUAUUGGUUGGCAUAUCCAUGAUUUUUAAAGCUGCAACUAUAGUUUUUAAUGCUACUUUUUUCCUUUUAGGAAAACUUAGCUUGACUCCUCUGUUUUCUUGCAUAAUGAUUGUCCUAUUCAAAUAGCAACAUGGACUGUGAUACCUCAUUUACAUCUCACUCAAGUAUUUCCCUUUUACUUCUAAAUUGUUCUAAUUUAAGACAAAAUAAAAUUUUCAAGAGAAUAAUAUAUCCAAGGGCUUCCUAUAAUACUCAGCUCUUAUUCUGAGCUGCUAAUCAGAUGCCUUUGAUUAAGCUGGUGAACGUAACAUCUACACGUAUAGCAAUUACUGGCCUCCAGAGACCAUUUUUUCCAUAUAAACAGCUGUGCAUAGUUCCAUGCAUUGGUACAAUUGCAAAUGAAGAUGGGAGAGCCAAAUGAGAUGGGUGAAUUGUAGAGAAUGAUCUAUCCUCUCUUAGAAACCCUAGCAGAGUUAACUUGUUUGUUUUCUAAAUGAGAAAGGCCUGUUAUUGUUCUAGCUUUUCCCAUCUUAGAAGAUGCAAAUAACAAGGGGCCUUGAAAGAAGGUCAUAGCUCACUGGCUAUGCAAGGUGUCCCAUGUUCCAAUCCCUGGCACCACCAGAUGGGACUAAAACCUGUUUGGCUGUUGCCAAUCAGUGCAAAUUAAUACUGGGCUAGGUAGACCCACCUAGAUCAUAGGUUUGUUUUUAAAGUACAAUUCUAUACAAUGUUCUUUUGUACAUACCUUGCUUGCUUUUAAUCUGCUGUCUUAUCUCCCUGUGCUAUUAGUAAUGCAUGCAGCAUUGCUUAAUUUUUUAAGACAUCAUUGAGCCCUGGGGUCGAAGAAUAGCACACUAAUUGUCAUGAGGAAGAUAUGUUAAUUAAAUCUGUACUGUACUGUACUGUACGCCUAAGCUGGUAUGGUGGCACAGAAUGUUCAGUUGCUCAGAGAACUAAAUCGUGUGGUAUCCAGCUUCUGUAAGAGAAGGGAAAUGUGUCAGUUUGGCUGGGUACAGAGUAGAGAAUGAACUAAGAUGGGGAGCGGAAGAAAGGAUAGGUGGCUUAAGGAAAGCGAUUGAGGGGACAAGGAAUUGAAGCUAGAGAGAUAAAUAUGAAUACAUUUUGCAUUGAGGGUCUGUGUAUUGUGGUGGGGACAGAAAUGGGGUUCAUAGACCCUGGUCAGGGGAAUUCUGCCUAUUGUGGGUUCUCCUGUCUUUGCAGCAAAGAGGACUCAAGUACAGUAGUGAUGGUCAGGACACUAAACUCCACAGACUGAUUUCAGGAAGCACCCAGUUCUUUGGCUGCAGAUUCUAUUAACCCUAGAAGGCUAUUGAAACGUCACUGGAAAGCUGAUAGUUGAUAUUAGCCAAGCUGGCCAUUAUGUGAUUUGUUGCCAUUCAUAAUGUUAUUUUUGUGGUAUGAAACUCUCUGAAGCUGAUGGGAGAGCUUUUCUCUGACAUGGUUAUCUUCUCAAACAGGAUUAUCCCUUUACAAUGUUUGAGUUAUUAAAGCAGAGUAAAACGAACUGCUUUUAAUGGAAUAUAUCCAACACUUUCUACAUAAAAAACCCCCAAACUGAAUCAUUUGACCUUUCUCCUCUUCCCCGCCCGUAUUCCUAGAGUUUUUUCCAAUGUGAUGUUAAUUUUGAUUGUAAAGUUUUCCCAUGACUUCAGGCUGCAUUGGAAUAAGAGGAAAUAAGUUUUAGCUUACUACAGUUACAGAAAACAUUGGGCAAGAGGAGAAAAUAUUUUCUCAGAUUUAAUAAUAAGGCCCCACUCUUUCCCCAUAGGGACGCGGGUGGAACUGUGGGUUAAACCACAGAGCCUAGGACUUGCCGAUCAGAAGGUUGGCAGUUUGAAUCCCCGCGACGGGGUGAGCUCCCAUUGCUCGGUCCCUGCUCCUGCCAACCUAGCAGUUCGAAAGCACGUCAAAGUGCAAGUAGAUAAAUAGGUACCGCUCUGGCGGGAAGGUGAACGGCGUUUCCGUGUGCUGCUCUGGUUCGCCAGAAGCGGCUUAGUCAUGCUGGCCACAUGACCUGGAAGCUGUAUGCUGGCUCCCUCGUCCAAUAAAGCGAGAUGAGCACCGCAACCCCAGAGUCAGCCACGACUGGACCUAAUAAGUCAGGGGUCCCUUUACCUUUACCUUUCCCCAUAGAAAUCGCUUACAUGCAGCUGAUACGAGGUGCUGCUGUUCCGAAUGGCCCCUGGGUGCUGUGGUUAAACUUUUGGACAAUGGCCAAGGAAGACCCAGUUUCAGAUACCUCUCUGCCAUUAGAUUCUCUGUGGGUGAUACUGGGCGAGUCACACACUUUCAGCCUCACCCUAUUGCAUAGGGUUGCUGUGCGUAGAAAAAUUAGGGGAAGGGAGAGGGAACCGUUUCUACUGCUUUGACUUAUUUGCAGUAAACAUGGCAUUGAAAUGUAAUAAAUAAAUACCACAAUAUACUCAUACACAAAAUUAUAUAACACCAGCUAUUCUAGAGGCACCACAGAAAAACAUUGACUCUGGUGUAAUGGUAGAUUACAAGUUCAGCCCUGUAUGCAGUUACCCUACCAAAAAAGUGAAGACUGCUUUGUUGCAUAGUUUGUUGCCAAAGGGGACGGAAGGGUCAGGUGUUGUAAUGAAUAACUGAGCCCCCCCACUCAGCUCUCCACAGAGGGGCACAAAAAUGUUUAUGAAACUUAUCCCAGUGGUUCAUCUCUGCACCAAAUAGACCCUCUCAUUCCUAUUUGAAAUUAUUUUUGCCCUGCUCAUGUGAAGUACACCUGUACACAUGUAGCAUUGAUAGCACUUGCACAAUCGAUUGCAUUGCUGUUUAAAUGUAAUAUGAGUCAUUCAGCAUUGGGGCAUGCCUCAGUCUUUCAACAAUCACCAUUUUGGGCCAUGCUGUGUCGUACUUUAUUAUUCUAGUGGAAUAUUUUGCUUAGGCGAAUGAUUUUGCCGAAUCAUAACAUUACCUUCAAAAGCUGAGAAUUGCAGAGAAGAGAGAGAAUCGGCAAAAUUUUCCAGAGGCUUAAAGCCGAUCUAGAAAUAAAACAAUAUUCUUCAUUUGCUUGUUAAACUCAUGAGAUUAAGGAAACUUUUAUAACAAAAUAAUUCAUGCAGCUGAAAGUCUGUGCAUCUCAUUUUAAAAUUAGAUUAAAAGAUAAAUACAGUAUGCAAGCUCUCUUAUUACACAAACCCAUAGCUGCCAUAAAUACAGUUUGAGUGGUAGGGUGUGCGAGAGGAUGGCACAGAAUAAAUGAAAGCAUUUCUGUAGAAAAAUAUUUGUCCCCUGCAGCACAGCCCUAAUGUUGAAAGGGAGGGUCACCUGAAGCUGUUUAUGUUUUUGCCUUGAUGUACUGGGGUCGUAGAAGUGCUUUUAUUAUGCUUCUCAGGCAAUGUGGAUGUAUUAAUGAGGAUAUAUAAAAGCAAAAUAAUUUAUAACCUUGUUAUCAUCACAGUAUCAUUCAUCAUUUUUAAUUGAUCGUAUUCACCUUGAUUUUUCAAGGCAACAUGGUGCUUAUGACCAAUAAACAUCUUGCGCACUUCUGGGCUUCAGUGCCAGGUGUGAACACGAAGUAUAGAACCGUGUAGCCAACAUGCAAAACUGUAGCUCCAAUAUCUUGAGCUCCAAAAUAGGUAUUGCAUCACGCUAUGUUUUUAUUUUUUCUCCUUGCCCCUGUUUGAAAACAGAUGCAUGGAUCAAGCAUGUGUUUGCACUAUGCUAUGUUUUCAAUGUGAACUCUCAAUCUUGAAUCCAUAUAUCACAGUUUUUUAUUUUGCAUCUUUCCCAGGCCUCCUUAAAACUGAAUAGUUAUGACCAAGCUAUUAUUCAGCCUUGAAACACAGAAUUGUGCCUUUAUCAUGUGUGUUCAUUUAUUUUACAUUUUUAUCCUGCUGUUCCUGUGAGUAUAGUAGCUCUGUGAGGGGAUUUUUGGGAUUCUUUGGGGGAAGUCAUGUGCUUUAAAUGCCCUUGCCCAAGUCUGAUACGAGAUCACACCUUCUGCACUAAAGUUAUUUCCAGUAUCUCAAGUUCAUUGGAGCUAUCUCAUUUAAAGAAACUUCCAGGUGAGCAGAAUGCAAAUGCGGAAGUUUAAAUCAAAGGCCUCCAAUUAUAUAUAUGAACUUUACUUUUUAUAAGUGAACAUAAGGAGAUGCUGUAUGGCCAGCUAUCUAGAAAGAAAAUUAGUAAACAUUCCGCACACGUACCAGUAAGGCAACUGCUUAAAAAUAUUGUCAUUUUCUUUUAUAGGAUUAAAUGGCUUCACACCAGUAUGUCUGGAAUUAGAGGAGUGCAUUCUGUUUAUCUAAAGCUGACAGCAUAAUGUAGGAUCUGUUUAUCUUCAUAAACAACUUUCUUCAACAGUUAAUUUUUCAACCAUGAGUCGGGAGCCCUCCUUUCAUCUCAUGUUUAGUGUAUGAGCCUUGUGUGAGUUUUACUGAAAAUGAAUGGAUCUGUGCAGAAGCAAUACUGGUUGUCAGUGAAGUCAUCAACACCCACACCAUCCUUUCUUUGGGCUGUGCAGCUGUAUAACAUAACAUAGAGGUUUAGGAAACAUAGAAAACUGUCUUAUACCAGGUCAGUUUAUUAAUUUAAGGAAGUUAUACCUUCUUUUAACUAUCUGCUUUGAAGCCCAGUUUUGUCUACUGACUUCCAGGAACCUUCCAUGAUCUCUGGUAAGGAUGUUUCCCAAAUUCUGUCCUCCCCGCCCCCCAGGAGUAUGAACUUCAAGUUGGAUCUCUGAGCCCCUCCAAAGGUGCCAAGGAACUUUUUAGUACCAUGUUCUGAGACUUGACCUAAAAUGUGGGUAAUUUUGAGUUUAAACAGGGCAUAUAACAGCGUGAGUCACAAUUAGCCUAUUGAAGUUAACUGCAACAAUAAUCUCAGUUGUUCAGCCCUGGCUGCAAUAACAGUCUAAUCUCAAAAAUUCAAAUGCUGUGUUCAAUUAAUCACUGUUCAGUUUUCUGGCCGAAAAAAUGACAGCCCCACUAUCCAUUUGGAGAGCAGUUCACAGUGCAACUCUAUUCAAGAUCACUCUGAAAUAAGUUCCACUGAAUUCUAUAAGUCUUACACCCAAGGAAGUGUGCAUUAGAUUGCAUUCUUUGUAUCUGAACUAGAUACCUCCCCCUUUCUAUUAAAAGAAACAAAGAAUUCUGGAAAUGGGAGGUCUGCAUUAAUAGUGCACCUUUUGUUGAAAUACAGUGGUGCCUCGCAAGACGAAAUUAAUCCGUUCCGCGAGUAUCUUCGUCUAGCGGUUUUUUCGUCUUGCGAAGCAACCCUAUUAGCGGCUUAGCGGAUUAGCGCUAUUAGCGGUUUAGCGGCUAUUAAAGGCUUAGCGGCUUAGCUGCUAAAAAGCUAUUAAAGGCUUAGCAGCUUAGAAAAGGGGGGGGGAGCGAAAAAAAAUCUCAAGACUCGCAAGACAUUUUCGUCUUGCGAAGCAAGCCCAUAGGGAAAUUCGUCCUGCGAAGCGCAUUGAAAAACGGAAAACCCUUUCGUCUAGCGGGUUUUCCGUCUUGCAAGGCAUUCGUCUUGCGGGGCACCACUGUAUAAAGUGCCAUAUUUUCCCUUCAAAAAAGAAAAAAGGAAAAAAAUGUAAACCAACAGAUUUUCCAGAGUUGUAUUGGAAGAUUUGAAACCCUUUAAGUAGUUACAACUUAUCAACAACUUUUGACUACAAAGAGGGUCAUUUUUAGCAUAGUCUCUCCAUCCCUUUAGGCAAGGAAAAUGUUUGUAUGUCAAUGCAGAACUGUCUGUGUAAUUUAAUUAUUUAUAGACAUCUGGACUAGCUGGCUUGCUGUUAACAAAUCACAGGCACACAUUGUACUUCCCACUUGAGACUUUAAAAAAGAAUAGAAGGACACCAGGUCAUAAUUUCUUUUCAUGUUCUGUUUAGUGACCAUAAGAAAUUAAUGUAUUUCCUUUUGCAGCAUUUAGGGUUUUAUGUUCCAUUUCUUCCCUUGCAAUGCAUUUGUGUCUGAGGCUAAGCCAAGAGUCUGAUCUUGAGGAGCAAUUUUAGCUAUAAACAAUGGUUUCUGCUGCUGUGUAAGCAUCAUUUAUUGGGGCAGAGCAGCAGCUUAACUGAAGUAACUGCAAAACAUAAACAAGGUGGAAUUUGAUUCGAAAGCUAACCUUGAGAUUUAUUGAACUUUGAAAGGGAUUCAAUUACGUGGUGGUCAUUUGCCCCACAAAACUGCCACAGAAGGAUUGCCUUGAUACGGAGCUGAGGUUCAGAAGGGGAAUACAGUGAAACAAAUGUGUAAUUAUCCACAUAACAAGGUGAACUGAGCCAAAUCCUUCACCAGGGUAACCUCAUAAGCAGCAAGAAACUGAAUAGGCUUUGUACUGAAGGAGGCAGAGCUGAAUGUCAUAAACAUGGAUAAGGAUCCUAUGAGGAUUUAGUCUUCAGUAUACCAUACAGGAAAUGAGGAGUUGGCAGUUGCAGGAGACGUUUAUGCUAAUCACAUGAGUUCAGCUGUUCAGAAAGGGUAAAAGUACCAUAAAAAUCCACUUGGUUAGUUGUGCCAGCUAUUUGCAUAAGCUUGACCAGCUGUUUGAAUCCCAACUAUUGCCUGUGACAUAUCCUGUAAAUUUAAUAAACUUUUGUCAUUAUUACAAGGCACCUCUGAGCUUUGAGGGUGUAGUAGAACACCUUAGCUAAUAAUUCUGCAGUAUUUCUGGCAUGUUGUCAUUUGAAUUAUCUCUGAAUUUUCCAUCUCUGCAGGGCCAUUUGUUCCAGUGAUAAAUAAAGUGUAGGCAAUUGUUGCUGCCAAACGGGAUUUUGUAGUAUUCUUUACUAAAAAGAAUAUUGUUUUAAAGAGUUCACUUUUAAAAAAACAAUACUUAAUAAUCUAUUCCCAAACUUAAGAAAGGGUGACAGCUUCAGUCCAAAGAAUAAAUAAAUAAAACCUGAUAGAUGUGUUUUGCUUUUUUGCCAAGAGGCCAAUUUAUGGAGCCCAAGCUCAGAGUGGCUCUUCAUUCCCACUGCUAUAGAUUUAUUCGUACAAAUAAGAGUGUGGGCUUAAACCAUAUACACAAAAUGUCAUCGUAAACUACUACCUGAUGAAUCUCAAAGUAGUUUUUGUUCCUUUCUCAAAGCUUUAUUGCAUGCAAAGUGACUGGCUCAAACAUCUGGUCUGAUUGGUAUAAUUUUAAGGUUCGUUUCAGAUUGUACAACAGAAGUGUGAGAAGCAAAUUGCCCACCAUAUUUAGCCUUAAUUGUUAACAUAUGAAAUCAGUUCUGUUUGGGUGUCUUGCACAUUUUUCUGGGCAUGCCAUUUUUCUGGGCUUUAGUGGAAAGCAUAUGGGCUUAGUUGCUUGAGUGCAACAUUGGAAGCCAUGUCAUUAUUUUGGCAUUGCUGGGAUGUUAUGUAUUUUGUGCUCCCUGUGCUUUGUGAACUUGCUGUCUGUGUUAAUUAUAGCCCACUGGACUCUUUAUUGUGGACUCCACAUUAAGUAGCUGCCAGUGCCAGAACUUUCAUUUUCUCGGCACGGCCAUUUUGUUUCAUGCAGUGUCAGUAUGUUGUUGCUGUCUCAGUUUGGUACUAAUCGAGAUUGUUGCCAACAAUCAGAAUAGUGAAGAAGAAGAAGAAGAAGAAGAAGAAGAAGAAGAAGAAGAAGAAGAGUAGUAGUUUGGAUUUGAUAUCCCGCUUUAUCACUACCCUAAGGAGUCUCAAAGCGGCUAACAAUCUCCUUUCCCUUCCUCCCCCACAACAAACACUCUGUGAGGUGAGUGAGGCUGAGAGACUUCAGAGAAGUGUGAGUAGCCCAAGGUCACCCAGCAGUUGCAUGUGGAGGAGCAGGGAAUCAAACCCGGUUCACCAGAUUACGAAUCCACUGCUCUUAACCACUACACCACGCUGGCGUAGUGAACAUUCUGUGGAUCCCAGUGAAUUAAAGGAUGAAAGCGAGUGGCUUGGUUUAGUGAAAAAGUGGCUUUUCCCUGUUUGUGAAAUUGUAGAGGAGCUUCUGGAUUGUGGACUCCCUUCACCAUGGGCAGGAAUAAAUAACCAAAUCAGGGAGAUUAACCAGGAAGUUAAAUAGACAGAGAACACCGAGUGAAGAUUUGCUCAUGAUCUUGCCAUGGUGUCCAUACACAGAUUAGGGAGUAAUCGGUGUAGCUGUUAAAAUAAACUAUAAUAGCUGCUAUUUGUUUUUUUCUGUCUAAGUAUUAGACUAAACCUGCUGAAAUUAUCGUAUUUUUCGCUCCAUAGGGCGCACCGGACCAUAGGGCGCACCUAGUUUUUAGGGGGGGGGGAAUAAAGGGGGAAAAAAAUAUUUCCCCCCCAGCCCCAAAGAGCAAAGAAGCCAAGACAGCCAGCGGGAUCCAUCCCGCUGGCUGUCUUGGCUUCCUCUUUAGCCAUGCACGACCUCUCCAGCCGGGAGAGGCUGCGCGGGGCUCCAUUUUUGGAGGGGAAAAUGUGCGUCCUAUAGAGCGAAAAAUAUGGUACAUCCUGCUAUAGUGCAGUGAUGCAGUAUUUAUUUUUAAAUGUUGCUGGAUAUUCGUGUAUGUGGUUAUAGAAAGGGUCCUUCUAAGCACCCAUAAAGGCACACCUUUUAAAAAGGGCUAUACAGUGGUACCUUGGCUUAAGAACUUAAUUCAUUCCAGAGGUCCGUUCUUAACCUGAAACUCUUCUUGACCUGAGGUACUACUUUAGCUAAUGGGGCUUCCCACCGCCACCACGCGAUUUCUGUUCUUAUCCUGAAAUUAAAGUUCUUAACCCAAGGUACUAUUUCUGGGUUAGCGGAGUCUGUAACCUGAAGCGUCUGUAACCCGAGGUACCACUGUAUUCACAGUAGCACCAAUCCAGAACCAAAAGCAAUCAUUGUCUCUGUGUAAGGGGAGAGGUACUACACUUGGGAAUAGCUAUACUCUGAUUACUCCUUUCAAGUAGGGGAAAAAAGUCAGAGGACAUCACUGGAGUGGGUGAGUGUAGAGCUUUCAAAGUUAAAUAACAUUUUGCAAAGCAGCAAACUACCUAUGAAGUAACAUGGUAUUACUGUAAGGGAGAUGAGGUAGCCCUUUUGGUGUUGGACGGUUUAGAAGAGAACUGUCUGGGUUUUCUUGUGUUUGAAUGAUAUAGGAGUUUGUGUACAUGUUAAGAAUUUAUUUAUUUUUAAGUGUGAGGGGAAGAAGCAUUAAAAUACUCUGGUAAGGGGAACAGAUGAGCCUCCCCACGAGUGAUGUCAGACUAUACAACUUGCAAGGGCUUCCACAGCCCUGUGAGUGAUUUUCUGAAUAGUUAUUACAUGCAUUAAUAAUGAUCAAUCGAUUGAUCAAGUUAAAUCUCUUCAUUUGAUGAGGUAAUUAAUUCUCCUGAGCGAGAAUUAUGUUUGAGAUACAGUUUCAUUUGUAGAGCAGAGUGGUGAGUCAUUGGCUUCCACCUAGCUUUGUUUCUUCCUGAUUUGCAGUGAUAGAAAUCCACCAGGCUAAAUGAUUAAUGUACACUAGUGAUAUAUUCUACAAAUGAUAUAUUACUGCAUUGCAGGGGGUUGGACCAGAUGACCCUUUAGGUCCCUUCCAGCUCUAUAAUUCUAUGAUUCUAAACACAGCUGAAAAAUUCUCUAGAAUCCAGAUGCCAGGAAGAACUACCAUAUAUUAGGAAAUAUUUUACUGAGUUAUGAAUUUUGCAGACAACAGGCCUUCAUCAGCAACUUUAGAUUUGUUAUGGUGUUCUCAGAUUUAUGGAAGAACUACAACUUGGUUAUUUUAUUUUGUAAUGAAAAGUCAUUUGAAGCUGUACUGUUGUGACUCAUAUUGUAUCCUUUGCCUGGUUGUUUCUCUCAUAGCCCUGUACAGAUGUCAAAAGAAUAUACUUUCAAAAAUACUUAGGAUUGUAGCCACAGUGAUGUUUUAGUAAAACAACUCAUUAAACUGAUGCCGUUGUGUUUCAUAAACGGGACUGAUUUAUUUCUAUUUUUAAAAAUGUUUUACACUUUUAAUGUAAUUAUUAAAAUUCUUUGAUAGAGCUUUGCACUGGAAAGCAGCAUAUAAAGAAAAAAUAAAAAUAAAAUUUUGAAUGAAUUAUCUGAUGCCUGUUUGAAAAUUUGGUUGUAAAUUUAAGAUAGUGUGUAAAUUUGGAGUGAAGAGGUGUGCUCUCCCCCCCAAAUUCUUGAUUUCUUGUAUGUAGAAACAUCAGUUGCAAGAUGUACCAUAAACAUGAAUGCCAUCAUUGGCUUCAUUAAUUUCAGUUAUGGAAGUAGAUGACUAUAUAUGCAUAUAUUUAUUUGCACAUAGAAAUGGCAAAAGCUCAGAGGUGCAAUCACAUGUCUCCAUGUGAAUAUCAGAGCUGGGUGGACACUCUGGAGAAUACAUGGGGCUCUAUAGAUGGAGGCAUUAGCCUUUCAAUUUCUGUAUGCUAUUAGUUUUUCCUAGCAAGUUUUGUGGUUAGCCACCUUCCAUUUCCUUGCAACCUUACAGCAUGUCUACUGAACACUAGUUCCCCACAUCUAUUGCCAUCGUCCGAAGUGUUCCCUUCUCAUGUAACAGUUGCCAUGUGGAGAGAUAUUAAGGUGAAUUUUGUGUAGCAGCUAUAAAUGUGUAAACAGGCCCUUGUAUGUUUGAUGUUAUGACCAUCAGUGUGACAGGUUUUUGUUUUAGAAUGAGCAUUUUAUCAGAUCUUUGCUCUGCUUUAUUAUUUUGAUAAUUUCAGAAAUUUAACCUGGUGAUUCACAUCCAUUGUGCUCAAAUAGCAUUACAGUAAACCCACAACUUAUGCACAUUCAAUGAACUUGGCCAAAUUUUUUGAAAAAAAUUAAAGCGGGGGCAGACAUCCAGGAAAAAAAGACUUUGGCAAUCCCACCUGCCAUUGUACCCAGUGUGUUUUGACCAUAUACAGUUUUGGCUUUAGGCAUGAUCCCUGGAACAUAACCCUCUCUCCAGAGUUUUACUGUUGAGCUCUGCUUCCUAUCAGCUUUGUGUCCUUGAUUUUGCUGCAGAAAUACUUGUGUAGAUAUCAAUACUGUUGCUUUAAUUUUGAAUAACGUUGUGAAGUUACUAAGACCCAUCAGAUCUGAUGUGUAUGGGUGUACAGACAUGUAUGGGGGGUGGGAUACGGUUCUGGUUCUUUUCCCAAUCUUUCUUGCCACUUCCAAAUCCUCCUUUCUCUCCACCCACACUCCCACUGCUCCCAUCAUACAUGGAUAGGUGUUGCCAUGGGCAAUAUAAGUAUAUAUCCCCUCAUUCCUUCAAAAAGGUAUGCAGCCUUGAGGACUAGGUAUCUUUUCAUCCUUCCCACCACCAAAGAAAAACAGCAUGAGGAGGAAUGCAUAAACACCCCUUCUUUCCCUAGUCUUCCUCUCAGUCUCCAAGCUUGCUGCAACUGCUGUGUGUUAAAAAGAAAAGUGGGGAAAGAAUUAUGAAGAGGAUUUCAUGGAGAAUAAAAUGACAUUUGAAGUUAUAGGCCUUUCCUGAUUCCUCCCCCCCCAAUAAAUAGGCCAACCUUAGUCCAUUUCUAAUAGGCAAGGUGACAUGUAGAUACUGAUUGUUGAUGGCCAUUUGAUCCCAAACACUAAAUAUGCAAAGACUAGGACAAGCCAGACUUGCUUGGCCCAUUAUCUUAAGAAACCGUUCCAAAAGCAGCUUAUGCUCACCCCCCACCCCACUUUUGUCAGUUUCACUGUGCGGCCAAGAGUUUUGUUAUGCAUCUUCAGUUGAAGUUGGCAGAAGCUAAUGCUCCUAGAUUCUGCACUGGGUCUUUUGCCAGCUGAACUUUUGAAUUCUGACUUAAAACUACUGCUUUUUUCAGCCCUGUUCAGCAGCCCUGCAAUGUGUAACUUAGCCUCCUACUUAUACCUGCUAUAAUGUAAACAAAGCUAGAAUUCUACCUUUUCUAGGCAGUUUUUCAAGCUGUACCCAUUUCCAUGUUCAUGCCCAGGAGCAGGAUCUCAAUUUAAAGCACCCCUUUACUCUUUAGCAGACAAUACAGUGGUGCCCCGCAAGACGAAUGCCUCGCAAGACGAAAAACUCGCUAGACGAAAGAGUUUUGCGUUUUUUGAGUCGUUCCGCAAAAUGAAUUUCCCUAUGGGCUUGCUUCGCAAGACGAAACGUCUUGCGAGUUCUUGCGAGUUUGUUUCCUUUUUCUUAAAGCCGCUAAUAGCCGUUAACAGCCGCUAAUAGCCGCGCUUCGCAAGACGAAAAAACCGCAAGACGAAGAGACUCGCGGAACGGAUUAAUUUCGUCUUGCGAGGCACCACUGUAGUGGCUAGGGGAGUGUUUGAGGCCAUGGCCACAGUAGCCACAGGUUCCUUUCUCCUUGGUUAGUUGCUAGGAAGACAUUGCUAGGCUUCAUAACACUCUGCUGUUUGCUCCUUAGUUCGGCAUCUCAUAUCCUUUGCCCUCUCCCCCUGUCAUGGGGCCCAUUCUUCUGUCUCACAUUGCAGAGGAAUCAGUACCCAACCCACACACGAAGUAUAUGCGUCUCUUCUUUCCAGGACUUGUAAUAAAAUUCUGGGCAUUUGUAUUAAUAUGUUAACAAUUGUGGCCUAGAAUAUCAACAGAUAUUAAAAUAUAGCCAUGCCCACAAACACAUUACAUGUUUAUAGAUAAUGUACAGUAAUGUACUGUUGAAGCAUAGUUUGGUUGGUUGGUUUGGUCUUCAGCAAGUCUCCUGACUGUGAGUGUAAAAAAGAGAGAGGCAAUAAUAUAUACUAUCUGCAAAAAUGCAGAAAAAGUGGCCACGAAACACCAUUGACACCUAAGGAUGCAAUCCCUUGUACACUUACUUGGUAAUAAGUCGUACUGAGCUCAGUUGGACACAACAGCAUAAGGGUAAAUUGCAUAUCUGUUACCUUUUAGUGUAGCUUUUAAUUCAUUUUGCAUAGACGUCAGUACUGGUGGACAUACAUGUUAGUCCUCAACAGAUCUUUUAAGAAUAUUCUGUUUUUGUAACAUGUGGCAAGUACCUUACCAACUUUCCCUUCCUCUACUUUUCAGGAUGGUACGAAGCAAAAAAGAGAACGGAAAAAGACGGUGUCAUUUAGCAGCAUGCCAACUGAAAAGAAGAUCAGCAGCGCAAGCGACUGUAUUAACGCCAUGGUUGAAGGCUCAGAACUCAGAAAGGUUCGCUCCAACUCCCGAAUUUACCACCGGUACUUCCUUUUAGAUGCGGACAUGCAGUCUCUACGUUGGGAACCUUCAAAGAAGGAUUCUGAGAAAGCAAAGAUUGACGUUAAAUCAAUCAAAGAAGUGAGAACAGGGAAAAAUACAGACAUUUUUCGUAGCAAUGGAAUUUCGGAACAGAUUUCGGAAGACUGUGCAUUUUCUAUUAUUUAUGGAGAUAAUUAUGAGUCUUUAGAUCUCGUUGCAAAUUCUGCAGAUGUUGCAAAUAUUUGGGUCACUGGACUGAGAUACCUGAUAUCGUAUGGAAAACACACACUAGAUAUGCUAGAAAGUAGCCAAGAUAAAAUGCGGACUUCAUGGGUUUCACAAAUGUUUAAAGAAACAGAUAUUGAUAAUUUGGGGCGCAUAUCUAUGUGCAGAGCUGUACAGUUUAUAAAAAAUUUAAAUCCUGGUUUAAAAACUAGUAAAAUUGAAUUGAAGUUCAAAGAGCUACACAGAACAAAAGACAAACCUGGUACAGAAAUCACAAAGGAAGAGUUUAUUGAAGUCUUUCAUGAGCUUUGCACUCGCCCUGAAAUCUAUUUUUUGUUAGUUCAAUUUUCUAGCAAUAAAGAAUUCCUGGACACAAAGGACCUUAUGAUGUUUUUAGAAGCAGAACAGGGUAUUGCACAUGUCACCGAAGAGAUAAGCCUGGAUAUUAUUCACAAAUAUGAGCCAUCUAAAGAGGGCCAGGAAAAGGGCUGGCUUUCCAUAGACGGUUUUACAAAUUACCUUACUUCUCCAGAAUGCCAUAUAUUUGACCCAGAGCACAAAAAAGUGUGCCAGGGCAUGAACCACCCUCUGUCUCAUUAUUUUAUAAACUCAUCUCAUAACACGUACUUGAUAGAGGAUCAGUUCCGAGGCCCAUCUGAUAUCACAGGAUACAUUCGUGCUUUGAAAAUGGGGUGUCGGUGUGUCGAGUUGGAUGUGUGGGAUGGUCCUGACAAUGAACCAGUAAUUUACACAGGGCACACCAUGACCUCGCAGAUAGUCUUCCGCAGUGUAAUCGACAUUAUAAACAAAUAUGCAUUCGUUGCUUCGGAAUAUCCUCUUAUUUUGUGCUUAGAAAACCAUUGUUGUCUCAAGCAGCAGAAGGUGAUGGUUCAGCAUAUAAAGAAAAUACUGGGAGACAAGGUCCACACGCAGUCUCCAAACACAGAGGAAUCUUAUCUGCCUUCUCCUGAAUCUCUUAGAGGGAAAAUACUAAUUAAAGCCAAGAAGCUGUCUCCUAAUUGUUCUGGGCUAGAGGGAGAUGUUACAGAUGAAGACGAAGGCGUAGAAAUGUCCCAGAGAAUGGGAAAAGAGGGUGUGGAACAACAGAAUAUUAUCACAGUAAAACGGUUUCAGCUCUGCAAAGAGCUUUCAGAACUGGUAAGCAUGUGUAAGUCAGUUCAAUUUAAAGAUUUUCAGGUUUCAUUUCAGCUUCAAAAAUACUGGGAAGUUUGCUCCUUCAAUGAAGUGCUUGCUACCAAAUAUGCCAAUGAAAACCCUGGAGACUUUGUGAAUUACAACAAACGGUUUCUCGCCAGGGUUUUCCCUAGCCCUAUGAGGAUUGAUUCUAGUAAUAUGAACCCACAGGAUUUUUGGAAGUGUGGCUGUCAGAUAGUAGCAAUGAACUUUCAGACACCUGGAUUAAUGAUGGACCUCAACAUUGGUUGGUUUCGACAAAACGGCAACUGUGGCUAUGUUCUUCGACCUGCUAUCAUGCGGGAAGAAGUCUCUUACUUCAGUGCAAAUACGAAGGACUCUGUGCCUGGAGUUUCACCUCAGCUUCUUCAUGUUAAGAUUAUUAGCGGACAGAACUUUCCUAAACCAAAAGGGUCAGGUGCCAAAGGUGAUGUUGUAGACCCUUAUGUCUAUGUAGAAAUCCAUGGGAUCCCUGCAGACUGUGCAGAGCAAAGGACAAAAACUGUGCAUCAGAAUGGGGACAACCCAAUUUUUGAUGAGAGUUUUGAAUUUCAGAUUAAUCUACCUGAACUCGCCAUGGUGCGCUUUGUAGUGCUGGACGAUGAUUAUAUCGGGGAUGAAUUUAUUGGGCAGUACACAAUUCCCUUUGAGUGUUUGCAGACAGGUUAUCGCCACGUCCCCCUUCAGUCUUUAACAGGAGAAGCUCUGGCACAUGCUUUCUUAUUUGUCCACGUUGCUAUAACUAAUAGAAGGGGUGGUGGAAAGCCACAUAAACGGGGCCUGUCUGUCAGGAAGAGCAAGAAAUCCAGAGAAUAUGCCUGUAUGAGGACUUUAUGGAUUAAAACCAUUGACGAAGUAUUCAAGAAUGCUCUCCAGCCCAUACGGGAUGCCACAGAUUUGAGGGAGAACAUGCAGGUACCGUCUUUUAUUCACUACCAUUUAUAUGAGAUUAGCAUUUUACAUACAGAUAUACUGGUGUAAUUAUAUGUUUCCAUAAUAAAUAAUGUGACAUAGUUAAGCGUGGUAAAUGUGCUCAGAGGUUCAGUGGCUUUGCAGACAGUUAAAAGUAAGGAUUAGAGUUAUCAGUGCCCUCAAGUGAUGGCUGUAAGAUACUCAGGCACGGAUGCCACCCUAACUGGAUUCAGUUUUUGUUCGGUAAGGUAUUUUCUGUUAUCUGACGGUUCUUCUGAAGGAUGACUGAUUAUAGAUAUGUUUUAUAGCAAGGUUAGCUAACUGGUUUUAUUUACUUACAGUUGUUCCUUGGAUCCCGAACGCCUUGCAAGUCGAACAUUUUGGCUCCCAAACGCUGCAAACCCGGAAGUGAGUGUUCCGGUUUGCAAACGUUCUUUGGAACCCGAACGUCCGACGCGGCUUACGAGGGUUCCGAUUGGCUGCAGGAGCUUCCAGCAGCCAAUCAGAAGCCGUGCUUUGAUUUCCGAAAGUUUUGGAAGUGUAAUGGACUUCCAGAACGGAUUUCAUUCGACUUCCGAGGUACCACUGUAUUUUUAUUUUUAGUAGUAUUAUAGACCUGCCCUUCACCCUAAGGUCCCAGGGCAAGUUACAACGAUAAAACAGUCCAACAAUAUUUUUUUAAAAAACCGUAUGAAACAACUUAUAAUCACAAACUACCCCACUUUUCCUCCAAGGAGCUUGAGGUGGCAUGGCACUUCUCCCUCUUCCCCAUUUUAUCCUCUCAGCAACUAUGUGAGGUAAAGUUUUAUCCUCUCAGCAACUAUGUGAGGUAAAUUAGGCAGGUAAAUUAGGCAGAGGCAGAGAGAGAGAGAGAGAGAGAGAGAGAGAGACCUAGUCCAAGGUCACCCAGUGAACUUCAUGGCUGAGUUAGAUUUGAACCCGGGUCUCCCCAUUCCUAGUUCAACACUUUACUACUACACCACACUGACUUUCAUUAUUUAUUUUGGUAAUAUAUAGUCUGAUCUUCAUUAAAAUCUGUUCCAGAGUAGAAUUUUAAUCUCAGGACUGCAUUACAUGCUGACUAAUCUGAGGGCUACAUCCCAAUGGCGCCUAUGAUCAAAGCACUAGUGGGUUCUGAUGCCCCACCCCACCUUUGCCCCUUCUUUCUCAUGGCACAUAUACUCACAGUACACAUACAGUAUACGCCAUCUCACCCCACACAUGGCUUGCAGAAAGCCCCCAUUCCUUCUUCACAACACCUUUUUACCCACGGCAGAUAGUAAAGAGGUUCAGGAGCUCAAGCGUGCCAAGGAGACCAGCAUUCCAGCAAUGGUAUGCUGCAGCAUCCUGAGGUGGACUUCUUUUGUAGUGCCAUGUGAAGGAUGGGAAGAAAAAAAUGCUCCCUCUGUAGCUGUAGUGUUCUAGCAGGAAGGGGGAAGGGAAACUUCCCCCACCGCUCUGCCAGGGAGAAGGCCGUCUUCCUCCCUGGUGUCCCUUCCUCGUGAGCGUUUAAUGAAGUGCCUUUCCUUUCUAUCCACUGCCACUGAACAGAUUGGCGGUCUCUGGAAACCGGAGGGAGUACUCUGCUCUGCUCUGAUGUUUCCGAAGCACUCCCAGCUAGGGGUGUCGGAGAGUUCAGACAAAAACAGAAAAGAAAUCAGAAAUUGCUGCAGUUGGCAUGUUCAUGUGUGGUUGUGAAUGGUAAACAAAUGUGACUGGUCUUUGUUCAGUGUUGUUCUUGUUUAGUUCUAUGAACAGUAAGUAAUUAAUGACCUUUCUACAGUGUUUUGACAUUUCCUUUACACUGAAAGGGAUGUUAAGAUACAUAAAUAGUUAUGCAAGUUAUGUUAAAUUGCGGGCAGCAAGAUAAUAACGUAGUACUUUGUAGAAGCCAAACUGCAGCAGAAUGGAUACGCUGUUGAUUGUGGUGAAUAUAGGUCAGAACAGAAAGCUGCUGCCUUAUUUUGAUACACCCAGUGCUCAGGUUUCCAGUGCUCUGAUCUGCUAAGUGUUAGUGGAUAAAUAAGAGGAGAGGAACUUUGUUCAGUGGCACUUCUAGGCUACCAGAAAAGGCUUGGUGGGUUGGAUGAGGCUUGCAAGCCUGGGGUUCAGCAUACCUGUUUUGCAGAAAACAGUUGUGUUUGUUGGCUUGCAGCUGAUUGUAUGAGCUAAGUGCAUCAAAAAGCAUUGUGUUUGUGGUGUGUGAUCUAAAAUGGCUCAUUCAUAUAUGCAAGCCAUCACUUGAUUCUGCAGUCAUCAAGGGAUGUGAAGGCCCUACAUAAACUAGUGUCAGAUAAACUUAAGAUGUAUGUUUAAAUUGUUGCUGAGGCAAAACCUUCCAUAUCCUCAGCAUUUCUAUGUUGUUUCAUGUACUGUCGUGUCAAGUAGGUUGCUGUUAUCAUGGUUUGGUACUAAGCAAGUACUAAUAUUAGGUAUUUCAUUUAAUGUUAAAUUAUUCUAGGAUAAUACUUCCUGCCUGUGAUUCGUUUUACCUUGUUAAAGGAUGAAUCAAAGACUAAAGUGAGUUGAAAUAGAAACACUAACAUUGGGCAGGAUCAACAGAUGUUGACCUGCAUCGUAGACAUCAUAAUACAGCACUGGAAAAAUAUAUAUCCGAAGAGUAAUGUAAAAUGACCCAUGAUCACUUAACUCCUAGAGAGAAAAAGUUUGCAUGACAAUAUUGAUGACUGAAAGUUUUUCAAGUAAAGAGCAUGAGCUGGAAUUUCGACUGUUUCUCUGCAGGGAGAAGAAAUGAUUACAAUACUGUCAACUGCAGCUGAAAAGUGGGAUUGCUUUAGAAUGUAGAAGCAUUCUAAAGCAUAUCUGCUUAAUUUUAAUUCUGGAUAACUACUGCAAGCCUUGUUGGCACCUUAAUUCCUUCAGAAAGUUGAUGUUUCUGCAGAACAUGGCUACAGAUAAGGGUUUUUUUUUUAUUUUGGUAGCUAUUAGGAUUGUACAAUGAGGUUGAAAUAUCUUAAACUAAAGAUAAUUGAGAUUCAAAUUGUGUAUAAGUGAAAUAUAACUUCUUCCUUUCUUUUCAACAGAAUGCAGUGGUUUUAUUCAAAGAGCUGUGUGGCCUCUCUCCUGUAGCAAACCUCAUGCAAUGCAUUGUGGCAGUAUCUCCACGCUUGGUGAGAUCUGAUAACACACCCUUGGUUGUGAUGAAUCUCAGCGAACAGUAUCCCGUUAUGGAGUUGCAAGGAAUCAUUCCAGAAGUUUUGAAAAAAAUUGUAACAGCAUAUGAAACAGUGAGUAGCCUUUAUUAAACAUACUUUAGACAAUAUAUUACUUUCAAAAUAUUAGUCUAACCUUCCAAAUCAGGUGGAUGGAAGAUCAUUUGCAUGAAUGCAGAGGGUAUAACAAUGUUUUCGUAUGAAACUGUGGCCUGUGCAAGUCAUUGUUACCAAAAACAUUUGCUUGAUGUGUAUCUGAUGCUAUGCUCGUGUGUGUGGGUUACUGCUGUGCAAUUUUAUAUAUAUGACCAAGCUGUAGCCUUGUUUUUAGUCUGAGAGGGAAAAGAAAAUGGUGUUGUUUUAAGGGUUUAGUUUUAUUACAAAAAUGUGAAUCACAUUAGUUUCAAUACCUGAUUCAGUUCAAUUUUUAGAAACUUCUUUACAAGCUUUUUUUAAAUAUAUAUUUUUAUUUGCUUUUCUGUUUUAGCAUAUCAUCAACACUUACUGUGUUACACACAUGAUAAUAAGAAAAAAUACAUAAAUAUAAGACAUAUAUAUGUAUAUUGAUGAUAAUAUCUUAUUCCUCCAAUUUAUUUGAGUCUUAUAAACCUUAACUUUUACUCCCACUCUUUCCUUGGUUUCCUAACUGCUAUCUUUUCCACUGUGUUAUCUUACUCUACUAAGUUGUUUUCAUUACCUUAUAUUAUCCCACGUUGUACCCUCUACUGCUGAAUAUUUUUGUCAGCCUGUUACGAUUAUUUUCUUGUUAUAAUAUUUUUCCAUAUAAUCUAUAUAUAAUGUCCAGUCCUCUUUUAAAUUUUAUCAUCUUUAUUUCUUAUUCUAUUUGUCAUGCUGGCAAGUUCUAUAUAUUCAUUCUUCUUGUGAUGGUACUUCGUCUCUUCUCCACUUCUGUGCUACCAGAAUUUGGGCAGCUGUGGUCACUUAAAAACAGCAACCAAGCUUUAACACCUUGUAUAUGUUUCGGAAAAUGUGUUUUAAAGCUAGAUGUAUCCUGAAAUUGAUAAAAAAUGUGAAUAUUUUAAUGCUUAGGCUACCUAGCAAAUACAAUUAUAUCUAUUAAAUUAUACCACUUCUGGAACAUGGAAAAGGGAAACACUCGAGAACUAUUACUUAGCAAGCUAAAAUGAAACAUCUCCCAUUAUAUUUCCCCAAACUUGGUUCCCUUCUCAGUGAGUCCUGUCUUUAUUGAACAAAUGGACUUUGAGAGUACAGUGGUACCUCUGGUUAAGAACUUAAUUCGUUCCAGAGGUCCGUUCUUAACCUGAUACUGUUCUUAACCUGAAGCACUUUAGCUAAUGGGGCCUCCUGCUGCCGCUGCGCCACCGGAGCACAAUUUCUGCUCUCAUCCUGAAGCAAAGUUCUUAACCUGAGGUACUAUUUCUGGGUUAGCGGAGUCUGUAACCUGAAGCGUAUGUAACCUGAAGUGUAUGUAACCCGAGGUACCACUGUAGCUCAUUCCAUUUUCACAUUAAGACACUAAGAGGAGCUUAUAGUCUUCUUGUAGAACCAUCUGAUCCAUGAUACUGUUCUGUUCCAGGGGCAUGGGGGAACCUGCAGAGCAGAUGGGGUGAUGAUGGUUGCAGAAGCUGUGGGGUGGAGGGGAAGUUGGCAAAACUGGCUUCCCUCCCCCAUUCUGCUAACCAUUUCCUUUUGUUAGUGGAUAGAUAGACAAAGCUGCAUUUCCACCAUUACUUUUACCAGGGCUCAGAUAGGGAUGAGGAUAUAUUUGCAAUAUGCAAACAAUCUGUUUAAACUUUGCACUUAGAAUAUUAAUUGUUCCAAGCAUUUUGUUGAGACUAGAAACUGCUUGAAACUAUAAUACAGUAGGUGCACAUUUGCCUAGCUUUUAGGAGCAAAGUUCAGUUUCAGACAAAAUAUGUCAUAGGAAACUUAGAACAAAAGCUAUUUCAAAACUUAGCAGCAAAGGGCCUCCACAUUGAAAGUUAAACGUUGCUGCUAUAAAACUAUACUUGUAGUUUUUCAUAUGUCGCAGGAAGCAUUGCAAUAUGUCAUUAGGAAUUGGUCAAGAGAAUGUGAUUUGGUAGGAUAUGUAUAUAUGUAAGGGGCAAGGAAAGCCUCUAUUGGCAAGCAAUGCUGCAAAUGUAUAGGUAUUGCAUGUAAAUCAUACAGUGGUGCCCCGCAAGACGAAUGCCUCGCAAGACGGAAAACUCGCUAGACGAAAGAGUUUUCCGUUUUGGAGGUGCCUCGCAAAACGAAUCUGCUAUGGGCUUGCUUCGCAAGACGAAAAUGUCUUGCGAGUUCCUGGUUUUUUUUUUCCCUUUCCCCCUCUUUUUCUAAGUCGCUAAGCCGCUUAUCUGCUUAUCCGAUAAGCUGAUAAGCUGCUAAAGCCGCUAAAAGCCGCUAAUAGCGCUAAUCCGCUAAUCCCGUCAAUGGGCUUGCUUCGCAAGACAAAAAAACCGCUAGACGAAGAGACUCCCAGAACGGAUUCUUUUCGUCUUGCGAGGCACCACUGUAGUGAUGUUUAUGGUAGAGUUAUGUCAAACUCGUCUUAAAUAAGAAUAGAAACCCUUUUACUUUUGUGCUGCAUAGCUAGUUUAUAACUUGUGUUUUAACAUGCUGCAGCCUUUGCUCUGCACUAGAGUGAAAACAUGGGCAUUUCCUUAUGGAAUGUUUUAAAAACAAACCUUGGUUUCCAUGGUGAGUGCAUGGGCUAUCUCUGAUUUACAUUGUUUUCUUCAUUCUCAGUAUGCUUCGUGGUUAUCAUGGAUGUUUCUGAAAGUACAACAGUUCCUGGGUCAAUCCAUCUCAGAUAAAUAUACUAAUUUAAUAUUUAGUCAGAAAUACCUCCCUUACCAUAAAAAUUAGAGCAAACAUUUACACUGGUAGCUGAAGUAAUCCUCUCUCUAGUUUAGUAUUUUAAAUUUAUUUUUGCACAAUGAGUAACUAGGGAGCUCAAUAUAUUUGUUCAUUAACCUACACAAGGGUGUAAGCUCUCUCCAGCAAAAAUGCUAGCCAAUAUCAGAGUAAUUUAAAAUGACAAAAUACUACAGGGAAUUGAGGCAUUAUAGAAUGAAAAUGUGUUCUGUGUUAAAGGAGAAACUUAUAAUUAUUAAAGAACUAGUGUCAAGUGAGCAACUAUUUUCAGUUAAUUAAGAUGUCCCUGGAUAGUUUUUAGAUUAUACAUUUUCCUCAUAAAAAUAUAAAGCACGAUACAGUUUUUUCAAAUUCAGUAUACAUUAUUGCAUGCAAAUGGUUGGGUUUGCAUUUGGGAAUUUCCCCCCAGGCUAUCUUAUGUGGACUAAUGGAGAAAUUGCAAAUUAUUUCAGUUGGGAGUUGAGCCUGAGCCCACAUUUGGAUGUAUUUAUAGUAUUUAUAGUAAGUGGAGAGAUGCUAGAACCAUAAGUUACAGAACAGCAACAUUGCUAUAUCUAGUUGAACGCGUAACAUUAUUGAAACAAGCAUGAGGCCCCUGGUUAAUAUACAGUGGUACCUCGGUUUAUGAACAGUCCAGUUUAAGAACCAUUUGGUUUGCAAACUCCGCAAAACUAGAAAUAGUGUCCCAGUUUGAGAACUUUACCUUGGUCUAAGAACGGAAUCCGAAUGAUGGAAGGGCACCGGCGGCGGGAGGCCUCAUUAGGGAAAGCACGCCUCGGUUUAAGAAUGGUUUCGGUUUAAGAACUGACCUACGGAACAGAUUAAGUUCGUAAACCGAGGUACCACUGUACUCUUUUUUGGGCAACUCGAUUGAAUGACUGAAGGAUUUGGCACCCCAAAUCUGGGAAUCAAGAAGACUGUAACCAACCUGGAAUUGAGAACAUAGCUCCACCCCGAAACUAGAUUAAACAUACAUGGUUCUAUGUUCAGUUCCUUCUAUAGAUUCAUUAUGGCAACUGAUAAGUUGCAAUGGGACAAAAUUGUUGUACAAUAUUGGUUUAUCCCUCUUACCUACUGUCCUGCAUUUCCUUGAAACCCUAAGAAAAUGCUUUCCUUUAGCUAAAAGUUCUGAUAAAAUGGGUGAUGAAAUUAUGAGGUAUAAGGGGAUAAUACAAAAACAUGUUUAUUACUUUUGAUGCAAGGAAAUGAGACCCCCUCCAAGAGUAGAUUACAUUGUGACAUUGAGAGAUAUUUUGUGACGGAUCCAAAGUGUUCGUAGGAAUUGUGACUAGGACUGGACAGCUGGGAUCCAAAAGGUGGGUAUGAGAGAGGAAUCCACAUGUGCAGACAGAGUUUUGCUUUGGUUUUGAUGUAACCAUUCCAAAUAUCAAGUACAUAUGCUGCUUUUAAAAACUGCAGUGGUUUCCCAGUUUGGCAGUGGGAAUUCUGUAGCAAAAAAACGCAGGCAAAACUUUCUUCGAAUUCCCGUUCCCUCCUGCUAGUGAAAGCAAAAGUGGCCCCACUACCAUAGUGUUUUGGGAUUGAAGGGAAUAGAACAGAACAGAAAGGAUUGUGUGACGGUUUGCUCUAAUCCCCCGUUCAUUUUUGUUGUCCUUUUUCAGAAAAGGACAUUACAGAGCUGCAAAAAUCAGAAGAGGGCAACCAAAAUGAUUGUGGGAUAUGAGCAAUUUCCUUAUGAGGGAAGGGUGCAAUUGGAAUGUUCUAAUGUUUUUAAAAGUCUUUUGGGAGCCACCCAGAGUGGGCGAGGCAACCCAGUUAGUUAGUUAGUUAGUUAGAUGGAUGGCAUACAAAUAAUAAUAAAAAAGAUUAGUAGUAGUGGUGGUAGUUUUAUAUAUUAUUUAUUGAUUUGUCACUUUCCACACACAGAAGAGUGUCCCAAAGCAACUUAUAGUUUAGGGGGAAGAUGAAGAGUAAGGGGGAGCAUAUUAGAUGUGUAUAAAAUGUAUGGAUCAGGUGUAGAAAGUGAGUAUAGGUUUUUCUCCUUCAAAAUGCUAAAACAUGUAAGAACAAGAUGCUGUAUUAGAUGGUUCUUUCUCCAGCAUGGCUUUUUUUUUAAAAAAAAGUAGUUAAAGUAGGGAAGACGCUUUUAGGCUGUUCUAGAGAGGUCAAUAAUGUUCUUUUCAAGUUUUGUCUACUUGUCCCGUAAAUGAAUAGCACCAUGCAGUCCACAGCGUACAAAUACAUGGUUUUCAGACCAAUUGGGAACACCAGACAAAUUCCAUUUCUUAAACCUCGUCCAAGCAGUCUUAUAUGAAUGACAAGUACUUUAUUGUAAACAUAAGUAGCACCCAGAAGAUUUGUUUUCUUACAAUGGCAAUUUUGGACAGCAUUUAAAGCAGUAGAAAGAUCAAUUACACUUCAUUAUAAAUCGACUUUGAUUGCCUGGGCCUAACCACAGCUGGUCGGUAAUGAGGUUACUAUUGAUUGCCGUCUUGUUUACAAGGUCUUUUCCCUAUGUGCUGUCACAGAGGUUGACGUACAAAGCUCCUCUUAAGUGAAGGUCUGUACUUCACCAAUCCCAGAAGUUGUUAUCAUUGAAAUUAUAAGGUAUACGAAGAAAGUAAAGAUUCAGAAAACAUUUUGUUAGCAUGUAUUAAACAAACUUAAUAGCUAUUGCCUAUGUGUUAUUGCCAACAUAAUUAUAGAGGUUGUGAAAUGCUACACAUUUGCCAGAGCGGUAGGUAUAAUAUCAGUGGCCUUCUCCCAGGUAGUACUAUUUCUGUAGUAACAACUUGUGAGCCUGCUGCUCUGGAAAAGCAUUUAAUGAAGGCUACUGACAAAUCUUGAGAUUAGGUUAGAUUGCCGAGUCAGAAAUGAAGCCCUACAACUCUGUAAAAUGUUGAACAAACCAAGAACAUUGCAGUCAUUUGGACACACUCAUAUAUUGAUCUAUAGUGAGAGAAGGUAACUUGCGGCUCUUCAGAUGUUGUUGGACUACAAACCGCCAUGUAAGAUCUUAAUUAGUAUCUGUUUUCAAGUAAUGAUCUGACAAGUGUCACUAUCUGAUAAAUAGUAUUUUAAAUCUUCUCUCCAUAGUUAAAUCAUUGCCUUGUUUGGUGGGUUAGUGUAAUUCCCUUACUGGAUGUGCUGGAACCAUCACAAUUUGAUAUAUGUAUAGAUCCUGAGGCCCGGUUAAUACUUAAGAUGUUCUUAACUUCUUGAGACAUUGCAAAUCUGUACUUAAUUUCUAGUUCUGCAAUCUCGUCAUUAGGAUAGAGGUUAAAGGAUUACCUUCAUAUUACCUCUCUUAAUAAAGUUGCAUAACUGCUCAUGCCUAACUAUCCAUCUAAGUUCCCGAUGGACAAAUUCUUACUUGAGCUGCCUAAUUCCCAGGUCCUGAUGAAGCUCUCAUACCUAGAUGUGACUCCAAGCCAGUUAAUGUAUUUCAGAAAGGCUGUGCCCAUAUUUCCACAGAAUAUGGACUGCAUAUUUUCUCAAAAUGUUAAUGUUUUGGGUAACAUUUGAAAUGCAGCUCCAUGUAUACACCACCCAAGAAGUAGACAGGGGGAACUCAAGGACUCGCAGUCACCGAGUUCUCUUUAUUUUGAGUUCUUAUCACAGUUCUAUGAAAAAUGGAAAUAAAUAAACCCUGUAUUUCUAAUGACAAAAGAAUUCUAAAGGACAAAGAGUGAUAAAAAAGACCUGAUAGACACUAAGAAAAGGCUGGAUAACUGUUUCCUAUAUCAAUGCUGAGUGUUAGGUUAGCACUAUUUAAAAGUUGCUUUUACUUGUCAGAUUCAACCACUUAAUGUGACCUACUUUGCUAAUUCAACUUUUAGUAUAACAGUGUAUUGGGUGAAAGAAAUUCCUAAAGUAAAAUCAAACCCUAAGGCAAAUAGCUUUUGCCCUACAAGACUGAACUAAACAAUUUUGUAUUCAUCCUUAGUGACCUGUCUUUUGUUUUAACUUCUUUUGCAUGUCCCUUAAAAAACCCCAAACCCUCCUUACUAAGCUUGUGUCUUAAUUGCCAUUGUAUUGCCACUAAAAGUUUUUUUGUGCUAUCACAUUUUAAAAUGUGUCCCAUUUCGCUUUCUCAUUGGAAUUGUUUAUGGUUGCAUCUUCUUAGGCUCCUUUCCACAGUCAUAUAUACCUUGCAAUGGAAUUCUACCAUGGUUUAAAUCCUGGCUCAUUUGGAAGCUACUAACCACAGUUUCCAGUUCACAGGAAACUAUGGUUAACUGCGGCUCCGUGACUUGUUUCUGCACUUUCCCCAAAGGAGGAGCAAAGGGGCUGCAUGUGGGUGCAUAUCCUGGCUUACUUAGUCAUUAUUUGAUUGGGCCAAUUGGACAAUUUGGUCUGGAGGAGUGUAGUUUCAGGGUGAAGGAGGAAAAUACACCAUGACAGAAGAAGGCAACAAACUAGAAUAAAGCUAAAGUAAAUUAACUCCACUGAGGGGAGGUAAUGAAAAAAGGUUUUUGAAUGUGCUCCAAUAACCCUGAAAGUGAGACACUGAAAUAAUGAGUAAAUGAUAAUCUGAAAACAAAAAGAGGAUUACAAAGGAUUUCUUUUUGCUAUUGGAUUUUCUGUAUUUUGGAGAUGGAUCACUUUAACUUGACAGCCAGCUGAAGAUAUUGCUAUAAGGUAUUGCUUAUUGCUAUAUAUUGAAGACUUAUUGCUGUAUUGAAUCUGAUGUAAUGGGUUUACUGAAAGCAUUUCAAAGCCCUUCAUCAUUAAACUUGUGGCUUUAUGAACCAAAUUUUUAAAUCAGUUGGUGGGCACAGGAUAUACAAUACAGGACAUGGUACAAUUCCCCACCUGCUAAUUUGAUGUUACUGCCUUCAUUAAAUGUUUCUUGAGGAGUCAUAAAAUAAUUUAAAGAUAAUUUGCCUUUCUGUGCAUUAUUUAUAAAGUAUAUGGGUUGUAUGAUCUUUUGCCCCUUGUUUAUAAGAGAGAAAUUGAGACUGGGCUCUUUUUGGGAGUAUGGAGACUAUGAAACACUACGAAGUUGACCUCACCUGGCUUGGAGAUGUUUCUGCCGUGUUGUGGCAGUUCCCUUCUUUAGUGAAAACUGUUUCAACUCAUCAGUGUAGUGCCAUGGUAGCGGCAUUUCCCUGUCUGCCUUGCUGUUUGCUAGGCAGUGGAUAUGUGAGGAAAUAUUUGACAGAUCUCAGGCCCUGUUUGACUGCAUUUUGUUCUGACAAGCAAUACUUGGCAAGAUUCAGGAUUGUGGACUUUUAUGUAUCCACACUGGGCCAAUUUAAACUCUAGCCAUGAAAUCAAUGUUGAGCAUUGCUCCUGGGAUUUGUGGCUUGAAACAUAUAUACAGCAUGUUCUCAUGGAAGCACUGUAUUCUAAAAGGAGCAACCUAUGCAUUUUAUUGCAUAACUACACCUCUAAAUCUGUAGAAUCCACAAACACUCACACACAAUUAACAUGGCAAAUUCUGACACUUUGAAAUGCCUGUUAGUAAAGGAGGAUGACUUGGCAUAUUAGCAAAUAAAUGAGUGAGUACAAAUAACAGCCCUGUGAAUAUGUUUUCCUCAGGGAGGCAAUUAUUAUAGAAUCUUGUACAUUUGUAUAUGAUCGAAUUACUAGAACAUAUGUGAAUUUUUCAAAGGUACCAUAUUUUUCGCUCUAUAAGACGCACCUAGUUUUUGGAGGAGGAAAACAAGAAAAAAAAUAUAUUCUGACUCCCAGAAACCAGAACAGCAAGAGGGAUCUGGCUUCUGGGAUAGUCGCGCAAAGCCUCUUCAGGGCAGCGGGAUGAAGGCUACCCCAAGAGCUCUGCUCCCUUUAAAGAGUGCAUGGAGCGUGUGUGCGGCUCUUUAAAGGGAGCGCUGAGCAGAGCCUCCUGCCUGCAUUAACUCCAUAAGAUGCACACACAUUUCCCCUUACUUUUUGGGAGGGGAAAAGCGAAAAAUACGGUACUUUGAGUCUCUGAGAAAAGUGGGGUAUAAAUCUAAAUAAACAGCUUUUUAAAAAAGUAAUGCAGUAGUGUCCAUAGGCUCCAGCUCCAUAGGGCUGAGGUGUCUUCAGCUCCGCAAAUCUUGAGGGUUUGGGCCUCACGACACCAGGCCUCACGGGGGUGGCAGCGGGCCUCAUGGCCUGUGUUGCUCAUAGGUUGGACAGAACCUGGCGCCUCUGGUAGUGUCACCAGCAAUGUAGUACAGUGGUACCUCGGGUUACAGACGCUUCAGGUUACAGACGCUUCAGGUUACAGACUCUGCUAACCCAGAAAUAGUACCUCGGGUUAAGAACUUUGCUUCAGGAUUAGAACAGAAAUCGCACUGCGGUGGCAUAGCAGCAGCGGGAGGUUAAGAACAGACCUCCAGAACGAAUUAAGUACUUAACCCGAGGUACCACCGUAAUCUGAGAAUGUUACUAUACAAAGUUUAGAGAGGAGCCACAGCUCUGUAGCAGAGUUUAUCCUUUGCAAGUGGAAGGCCACAAUUGUCCCGUUUUAAUCUAUAGCAACUUCAAUUAAGAAAAGAGCUCGGGUAGGGAAAUACGUUCUGUCUGAGAAAUGGCCAGUUCAUGCAGGCUGUGAGUCUGGAUUCGCCAGUGCUCUGACUUCUAGUUUUCAUUGCUCAUUUUCUCAUUACUCAAGUUAUUCUCUUGUUACAGAUGAUUCAAACUAUCAAGACUCUGAUAGAAAAUGCAGAUAACGUAUAUGAAAAAAUAGCCCAGUGCCAAAAAGCAGGUAAGGACACAACUCUAUUUUUAUUCAGUAUUCUGCAGUGGGUUAACAUAUUCUGCUAAAAGUGUAAAAAUAGUCGCACAUCAAUGUAUUAUAUAACCAACAUGAUUCAACAGACGAAUUUCAGUUACUUACUUUUGGGUUUUUGUGUUAAAGAUUUUAGGAGCUAUGUGAGAGUUAUGUUUCUUUGAUACAUGGAACAUUGCAGCUGAUUAUUCUAUUCUUUCAUUUUUCAUUUCAAUUUACAAUGAGUAAAAAACUUGCUUUUUGGCUGAGUGAAACGUUUUGGCAAGUGAUUUGCCCAAGGUCUCACAUUAGCCUUAACUCGGAAAAGAAUCAAGAUUUGCCUCAGUCUGCCAAUGCCAAAAUUUAAAAGCGUUAACUGGAACAAGAAUUAAAUGAGCAGCUUCCACCUGACAGGGAAGUUUAAUGGCAUUUAAAAUCACAUAUAAUAUUUAUAAUACAUAGUAUACAGCUUCCCUGUCUCAAUUAUUUCCAUCUUUUAUUUGACAAUGAAAUAGUGAAAAUAUAGUGUGUUGGCAGGAUUUCUCUAAGGAUGGAUUUAUGCCAUUUGGAAGCAAUGUAUAUACAGUUGCAAGCCAGAGGAUCUCACAGUUAUAGGUCAUUUAAUUUCUACCUAUUUUGUUUUGUUUUGUUUGUAAAGCAGAAAGUAAUACGUGUCUUGCAGGUGUAAUUACAUUUUUUAGGACCAGAUAGGAAUGCAUUUUUUGCAGUUGAGUGGAACAGAUGAAGAUUUAAUGAUCAAAAUGCUGGAAAUAAAUGUGCAAUUGAUAGCAUUGCAUGUAUCACAAAGAAAACAUAAAGAUGUUUUUGUUGGUCUAAAUGGCAUAAAGAGCUUUUUAGUUAGAACUCUUUCUUCCUGUCUGAUGAAUUGUCUAGAAAGGUUGUGAUCUUUAACCUUUACCUGUCAGUAAGCCCAUUGGGUGGUAUUCAGUACUAGUCCUACUCAGAGUGGGUCCUUUGAGGUUAGUGGACAUGAACUGGGUUCAUUAAUUUAAGUGGUUCUACUCUGAGUAGGAACCCAUUGAACUUGGCAGACAGAGUAGGCAGGCACAGGAUUGCACUGCUAAAAGUAUCAGUGGAAUUACUUAUUACCCUAACUAAGCAGUCUGAUUAGCACAUGCAUUUUGGAGGUGUUGUUCUGUUUUCAUGGGACCAUUUCUUUGUGUCAGUGUGAAGAAUGUUGUGGUCCUUAUACACUGAAGCUCCUAGGGACUGCUUCAGAUGACGGCUGUGAUUUACGACGUUUCUGCAACAUGUUCUAGUGCAUUAGUCUUGUAUUAGUUUGUUUUGCAAUGCUUUCCCAAGAGGGAUUAUAGCUUUUGUUAACCAAAGUACAACAAAAAUAAAUGUGAUUCAGAGAUUCAUAGAGUUGGAAGGGACCAUGAGAGUCAUCUAGUCCAACUCCCUGUGAUGCAAGAACCUUUUACCCCACGCGGGGCUCAAAACUCAUGACCCUGAGAUUAAGACCAAGCUAUUUGUGGUAUAAAAAGUUAUAGGAUUCCACCAGGAUGUUAUGGGAUGUGCACAGUUUGGAGGUGAAGCAAAAUUUUUGCAUGUGCAAUCAUCAUAAAUGGGCAAUAGAAAGGAUGUCUGAUCCUACUAACAAUGUAGACUGUUUCCAUUCCCAGACAUUUUCAGUAAGACAUGUGGCAAACUGUUGAUUCAAGUAGUUACGGCAUGGAGCCCCACAGUGCACAAAAGCCUUCAGUGCUGAAGUUGCGUUGGGGAAGUGGUGGGUGCAAUUGUUGAACUGGGUGUGCGUGUGAAGUCUGACUUGCUCCAGUUCUGAUUUAGCAAGCCACUGUAUAUGGUUCAAUAUUAACCUAUCAAAUAUUUGUAUUAAUAAGUAACCUUGGUCUGGCUGAUAAACCUCCAGUGUUUAGUUUUCCUGAUGUUUGUUUUGUGCAAAAAAAAAAAUAUGUUGCUGGAUAUUUUUUGCACUGCAUUUAAUUAUGACCAAGUCAUAUUUUAUGAAGCAGUAAAGAGAAAGGUAGAUGAAUAUUUUUGACAUAGCAUCCUGAUUUUGCAAAUUCUUUCAGGAAGCAACGACCUUGACUUGCAUUUUUAGUCCCACAAACACAUGGGGGUGUAACUUUGUUUGCAGUGGAAUUUUCCCAUGGGCUAUGUUUAGGAUUAAAAAUCCUUCUGUGUAUCUUGGUCUAUGCAGAUGCAUGAGUCUACAUAGAUCUCGACUAACUUUUUAAGGUAAAAUGUACAAUAGUUUUAUCUUUGCUCUAGGGUUAUGUGUGUGUUUGUGUUUUCCCACCUUAGACUUCAGAUGGAGGUUCACAUGAGUGAAUCCUCUUCCAUACAAAGUAAUUCCACAUAAAAAAACUAGAAGGUCAGGUAGAACAAUUGUAGCCUAGUCAUCUCCCUGACAAGUUAAUACUUUUAUACAUAGUAUUUUAAAAAGUGAUUUCUCAGUGUCUUAAAGUGGUAUCCUCAUCUCAUCAGCCAGGUAAAGCCACCUGCAUAGAGCUAUUAUUCUGUUUCUUUGCAUCAGAAAGAUACUCUCCUUGUUAAAACAGCAUAUAUGAAAAAGAAAUGAAGUCUUAUCAACAGUAUUCAUUCUAGCAGUAAUACUUUUUAGCCAAAUGGCAGCCUUCUAGUGUGUUUCCUGAGGCAAUUUAUCAUUCAUGUUGUUUGACUAUUUUGCCUUUUAGAACCUUUCUAGACACUGCAUUGAAACUUUCAAGAAUACAGUUCUAAAGGGGAAAAUAUUUUAUUCAUCUAUAAGGGCCCUGAGAUUGGCCUUUCUUUAUUUCUUUCCUCUUUUGAAAUUGCAAAGAAGAUUUGUAAGUCACUGUGCUUCAGAAUUAAUGAGCUAUCAUCAUUAACUGACACCUUGUUUAGUUGGUAGAAACCAAGCGUAUCAGAUCCAGUAGGUAUUAAUGCAAAAAUAGUUAAUGCACUAUCAUGUUGUAUUGCUUAGCAGAGGAAGAGAGGCAGCACCAGGUGAACCUCCCUUAGACCCUUGUGAAAAUGAGAUUACACUUGGCUAUGAUCCCUGUUAUUUUGUGUGCUCUCUCACAUUAAUUUAGAGCACAUUAAUCAUUGUGCUGCAGCAAAUCUUACAUGACUUAAUAUAUAGUUGGCAGAGGUUUCUUGUAUAAGGUAUCGCUUCAUUUUCUUCAUAUUCUCUUAGGUCAGUUUUGUUUUGUUUUUCCUUCCCCCAGCGAUGGAGUUCCAUGAGAAUUUACAAAGUAUAGGAGCCAAGGAAGGUUUAAAGGAGAGAAAGCUACAAAAAGCAGUGGAGAGCUUUACCUGGAAUAUUACAAUCCUAAAGGUAUGUUUUUUUAAAGUUGAAUACUUUUUGAAACAUAAACCACCAUGCUUAGACCAUUACCAAAAAUAUGAUAAUUAAUGUUACACUAUACAGAGUGUGGUUCUACUGAAUACAAAGUUUGAUGAUACUUAAAAUGGAAAUGCUGUCCUUUUGUUGAAUUUACAGAAACAUUUGUGUCUUGGAUAUGAACAGUAUAGCAUCACCCUUUAUUAGUUAGAUGCAGCUGGAAUACUUGUCUAGUUUUAGCCAUCAAAGACAUAGGAAUAAAAACUGCAUAGAUGAUGAAGGGUGGAGAACAUCUGGUACUCCAGAUGUUGCUGGACUACCAGCUCCCAACAUCCCGUCAUCACUGGCCUUGAUAUCUGGGGCUGACAGGAGUUGGAGUCCAACAGCAACAGAUUCUGUGACAGGCAGCAACUCCCCAGGGUUUCAAGCAGAGAUCUUUUACAAAGGUUGCAUUUUUCCAUCUCCGCCGUAUUAAGCAGUUGGUCCCUUACCUUUCUCACCCUGAUCUGGCACAGUGAUCCAUGCAGAAUGCUGCGGCGAGGCUCCUUAUGUGGUCCUUGCCGCGGGAUCACAUUCAUCCAGUGCUUUACCAGCUGCACUGGCUCCUGGUGGAGUACAGGGUCAGAUUUAAGGUGCUGGUUUUGACCUUUAAAGCCCUAUGCGGCCUAGGACCUACGUACCUACGGGACCACCUCUCCUGGUAUGCCCCACGAAGGACCUUAAGGUUCACAAAUAAUAAUAAUAAUAAUAAUAAUAAUAAUAAUAAUAAUAUAUACCCUGCCCUCCUCAGCCAAGGCCGGGCUCAGGGCGGCUUACAAGCAAUAAUAAAAACAAGUUGAAUGAUUACAACUUAAAAACAAAAUUAAAAUACAACAUUAAAAUAUUGAAACGUUAAAAUAUUAAAAUGAAGCCUCAUCGAUGACAACACUUUGGAGGUCCCAAGUCUCAAGGUGGUUAGAUUGGUCUCAACUAGGGCCAGGGCCUUUUCAGUACUGGCCCCGACUUGGUGGAAUGCUCUGUCACAAGAGACGUGGGACUUGACAUCUUUCCACAGGGCCUGCAAGACAGAGCAGUUUCGCAUGGCCUUUGGUUUGGACUCAGUCUGACCCUUAUGUUUUCCUCCCCUUAUGGUUUUGAGGCUUUUAAAAUGAGGCUGCAUUUUAAAUUGCAUUUUAAAUUGCCCCCCCCCCCCCCAUUAUAUUUUUAUUGUGAUUUUACUGGUGUUGGCUGCCCUGAGCCCAGCUCUGGCCAGGGAGGGCAGGAUAUAAAAUUUGUUGUUGUUGUUGUUAUUAUUGAUGUGUUUAGCUGACCUUCUUAGCUGGAGAUUAUGCAAAUGGAAAAGUGAUGAAAUGAAUGCAAUGCAGUGAAAAUCAGUGUGGGCAGAGGUCCUAUUGGGGACAGGGGCUUCUAGGUGUCAGGUGCACUUGUGAAGUAGCACUAAUCUGCAAGGAUGAAGAGCUACAGAUAAUCUUCAGGAUUUUCUGAGCAUGUAAUUCCUGAAGUCUCCUUUGCAUUCAGGGCGCAACCUUAGUAUCAACCCUCAACGUAACUCUUCUUUAACCUCUUCAGCUGCCUUGUGCACAAAGGCCACUACUUCCCUGUAAAAGAUCACAUGUCUAAAAUAAGGGCCACUGGUACAUGGAAUCAAUGGCCCGGGGGAUAUACCGUAUUUUUCGCUCCAUAAGGCGCACCUAGUUUUUAGAGGGGGAAAUCAAGAGAAAAAAUAUUAUUCCCCCCCCCCCACCCAGCCCCAAAGAGCAAAGAAGCCAAGACAGCGAGCGGGAUUCAUCCUACUGGCUGUUUUGGCUCCUGCCAUAGCCGCACGCAACCUCUCCAGCCGGGAGAGGCUGCACAAGGCUGUGGCAGAAGCCAAAACAGCCAGCAGGAUGGAUCGCGCUCUCCGUCUUGGCUUCUUUAGCUGCGGGCAGCCUCUCUGGCCGGGAGAGGCUGCGCGCGGCUAUGGCAAUUCCCCCACAUCCCGCAAAAGUUCACAGGAGCCGCGCACCCUUUAAGGAGCGCACGGCUCCUGCAGGCUUUUCUACGAGGAGGAAGAAGGGACUGACUGGUGGCGUCAGUCCCUUCUCCCUCCUGGGGAAAAGCCCGCAAGAGCCGAACGGCGCUUGUGUGCGGCUAUUGGGGGCUUUUCCUGCCUGCCUCCCCCCUGCAUUUGUUUCAUAAGACGCACACACAUUUUCCCUUACUUUUUAGGAGGGGAAAAGUGCAUCUCAUGGAGCAAAAAAUACGGUACGUUGUGUCAUAUUUAGACUCUGCCCUUUGACACAUGGAAUUUGUGCAAAUAAAAUGAGGUCCUCAACAGCGAUGUGAAUGGUUGAACCUCUGAUUGCUAUAUCCACACCUCAGUAACCUCAAGACGCUAUAAAACAGGUGGUUUACUAGUUGAUAUAGACCUUUGCAUAGCCAUAUUUGAGAUGGGGAAAUAAUAGACGUCAAAGAUCAUUGCACUUUUUGUUUCUUUAAAACAGUUAUUUAAAAGAACAUUUGCCAAUGUUGUUGGUGUUCCUGUUUCGAUGUUUUCUUUUAAAAAAACAUUCUAGUGAUAUCAGAAUCCCCCGUUGUCAGACUAUAAACUUGGCAUCAUUAAAACCGAUUUUUAUGUGAAGUGGCUAGGGCUCUAAAGAGGCUCCGUGAAGCUAUUAGAAAUCUGUUUACUUCCUUGAAAAGGAAGCAGCUGAAUUAACAUUAAUGCAGUUAGGAUGAGAAAAUUAAAUACUUUGCCGCUCUUUUGAAAAGUAUCAAUGGUACUUAAUGAGGUACACAGGAGGGAAAGUAUUAACAUCUUUUCCUUUUUAGGCGCUGCAUAUGCUUGCUUCACACUUCUCUAGGCUUAACUUCAUCUUAACAUUUUUGCUUUACAUUUUGCAUGAAUUUAAAAUCAUAUAAUAAACAAAGCCUUUUUUCAUAUGGAAGUAUACAAUUAAAAUGCAGAGUUGUUUCCAUUUGUUCUCAGCAGUGUUUUCCAUUCAGCAAAAUGGAAGAAGUGGCAAAGUUAGUGCAGCUGCCUGCCUGUAAUUCAUUCCCUGUCUUUCUUCCCCAAACAGAUAAAGGUUCCAUUUGCCCACCGAAUAACUCAUCUCUGCACUAAACUCUGGAAUCUAUUUUAACGACAUCACAUUUCAUGGCACACUCUCUCUCUCCCACACACUUUUGAAAGCUUUCUUUCAGUUUUUCAAAAAUACAGUUUCAUCUCACCUCCUCUCAGCUUCAUUCUUCCCACUCACUAACUUGUCAUAGAAUUCUAUUGUAGAAACACAUCCAGCAUACAAACUGUAAACCUCAUCUUAAUUCCCUCCCACACAUCUCAGCAAAGCAGCCCAUCUUUCCUAGCCUCUUGCGAAGCACCUGUGGAGGGAUGAACAAAGUGAACAAGUCAUUUUAAGAAAACUAUCUUGCUGUUUGCCCUCCUAAGAUACAAAACUAGCAAACUCAGGACCCUAUGAAACAAUUCAUUUAUUAGUAAUAUUUCAGAAAGCAACAUUUUAUUUAUCAGUUUACCUCUUGGAAGCCAUUUACAACUAUAAAAUCAAGCCAAAAUUAAAAUACACAAUAAUGUUAAAACAUCCUUAAUUAAAAUGUACGUAAAGCAAAUGAACAAUUCAAAGAGUUUAAAAACAAACCACAAGUUCAAUUCAGGGAAAUGUUUGCCUAAACAAGCGCAUUUUUAGGGAGCUGGCGAAAUGUCAACAUUUUUAGGGGCUCUUGUAUUUCAGUAGGGAGAGUGUUCCACAAGCACUGGUGUUACCAGUAGAAAAGUCUGCUCUGUGUUACCACAAGCCAAUAAUCAUCAGCCUUGAAGAAACUAGCCAGAUUCCAUUAGCCGAUCACAGUGCCCUUAUGGGGCAGUGAAUAUGCCAUUUGUGGAAAGUGAUAUUAAAUUAUUUCUCAUUAAAAUUAACUUGCUCACCUUUAGGAAAACAGGCCUCGGAGCUCACUCAGUAGCAACUGUUCUCUGGAAGCCCUGUAUCAGCCUUAAGCUUCUUAAAUAAUUUGCUUUACAUUUGUGAUCAAAGACUUAUUUUGGAGUUUUGAUGGAUGUGGCUAUGCCCUUUUUGCAGAGAAAAAUUUCCAAGUGUUGAGUUUUGCUUGGGGUUCCUCUGCAGUUGCUAGCAGUUUCUGAAUUAUCUGUCAGUUAUAGCUCACUUUAUUUACAAGUAACAGAUAAGCAGACAAGGCAGCUGAAAACUGCUUCAGUUGGGCUGCAGUUGGAUUCUAAGCACUCUGAAAAUUGCACCCAGCAUUUAAUUCACUCGGUUUAUUUUAGCAAGAGUCAGCCUAGAUUAGCUUAGAUUUAAACAAACCAAAGCGAAAACAACAUGAACUAAAUAAAUGAUUCUGUGCUGAAGUUCGUAGAAACAUUUGUGAUAACGUACAUAUGAUUCAUCUGCUCUGCCAUAUAAUGUUUCAUAUAUCUUUCUUUGUUUCCUUUUUCAUGGGAAUUUUAAAAGGAUACCAGUUAUGUGUCGACAGAUUAAAGAAUGCCACUGAAGCCAGAGUCCAAUGAAUAGGUGUUCUUCUCUAAACUCAACAUUGCCAUAUGAAUGUUCAUAGGGGUUUUGGACUUUAUGUUUUAUUAUUCAGCUAGUGGUGUCUUUCCCAGUUCUAUAAGAUUUGCUCUGUAUUCUUAGACCAUGAUUUUAUGGUCCAAGCUGCUUUUCUUAGAAGAAUGCAGUGUCUGCCUUAUCCUCAAGGUCUGGAACUUUGCCAGACUUGUGGUUUUCUGCUCUGCAAAGCAUUCCGCCCUCCAGAGAAAGUCGGGGGAAUUCUCCUAGAAGCAGUUUUCCUUACGCUUACGAGAGGACUAUGCUGCCAUACCACCAACAGCUCCAAAGGAGUUGCUAAUGAAAAAAUGUGAUGAUCACCCUUCCUAUAUGCUCAUUUUCUUUACAUACAAGCACUGCUCCUACCCCAUAAGCCCAUGCCAAAACCACUUACUUAUCGGAACUCCUGUUCAGAACAGGGCUCUCCUGCCUAUGCCUGGAGCGCUGGCCAAUAAACUGAAAAUAACCUGAAGCCUGUGAUCAUGCACACACAUGCAUCUUUCUUUUUUGAAAGGUAGCUAUCAUCCCUGGACACUCUCUUCCUAACUCUGAAUGUUACAAAUAAGCUCAGUAUAAAGGCACUGCAGUUGCUGGAUCACAAUGAAUAAUAAACUCCUGAUGGCUCUUGGAUUCCGUCCACAACAAUAAAACUCUUAGCAAAAGUUAUUUGCCCAGAAUUGUUUGGUGGGAAAUAUUAUUGUCUUUUAAAUGCAUUCAGCCAGCUGAAUGCAGUUCAAUCCAGUGUGUGUGUGUGUGUGUGUGUGUGUGUGUGUGUGUGUGUCUUAGCUCAAAGUAAUCUGGUUUUCAUCUUCAUGAACUAGGCUGUGGUACAAUAAAUCAAGUCUAGAAAAUGGUCUCAUUAUUGAUAGUUGUGACUGCUUUUGUUCUUAACAGGGGCAGGCUGAUCUUCUCAAAGAUGCUAAGAACAAAGCCCUGGAGAACCUAAAGCAAAUCCACUAUGCCACUGUUUCAUGUGGACUGAAUAAGCCAGGAUCGGAAACAGCCGAGGGUUCAAAGCCCCGUCGAAGCCUGGAGGCUAUACCUGAAAAGGCGGGUGAAGAAAAUGGAGAAUGAAAGAACAUUCUCAUUAUUUUGGAGUUUAUAACUCUGCAACCAUUGUAGCUGCACAAGACAUUUUGCUUUGCACUUACUACUAGUGGGAGGGGAAAUCCUGGAAUUUUAAAAGCACAACUGGAGAAGCUAAUUACUAUCCAUGAAAACUGUGAAUGUACAUAGCAAUUCUGUGUGCAGAGGCAACUGAAUUGUUCUAACAUGGAAAUAAUAUUGCUGGCUAAAACACUCUGUAUAUGUGUAAAAGAUGUCAUGAUUCAAUAAUCUUGUGCAGAAAAAUAUCAUUGUCAUUUAACAGAAAAACAAAUUGGUUUUCCUGACUGGAAAUACGUUAUAAUGGCAAGGGAAGGAGCUUUUGUCAUUGCUCAGAAAAGUGCCUUGAUUUUUGGGGAAAAUCUAGGUGUGCAGUGAUUCCUUGAUUUAGGAGCAGUGCAGUUCUAUAAUAGUUUGUUGUGUUAGGCCUGUUGUUGCACAUCUAACUUAAAAAUCAGGGCUGAAAAUGUAAGCAAAUGCACAGAUUAAGCAAAAUUCUAUGAUGAAGAUACUUGGCAGUGUUCAGCUUUGAAAGUGCUACUCUUUUGGGUUUCUUUUUUGUUGUUGAGCCAUAAAUAAAAAGGGGAAUGUAAAUACAAAGUGCUUACUCCUGGCACAGUGCACUGUGGGAGAGCCGUUGCAUAGAAGGAACGUGUGCAAUCAGUCAGCCAUUAAAUGCCUGAGUAAGGUGCAUAUACCUAUUUCCACCUAAGAACAUCUGCAGAUGUCUACAGCUAAUGUAAAAGUGACCAAACUGCAAACAAAAUACUGUACAUAGUUUUAUCAUUUCGUGGAAGUGAAGAAGUAAUUCACAUUAAAAUGUUUUAUGAUACAAUUCCCAUGUUAUUGGCCUAAAACUGAAGUUCAAUUUUUGUUUUGUUUCAGGUUUUUAAAUAG